CUCCGGGCGGUGCUGUCACCCUCCCCAGUGUCUCCUGUCACAGCCGCCCACCCACUGCGUGUGUCAGCCGGAGCUCGGCGCGCUGCAUGCUGGGCCGGGACAGCCCCCUUCCCGCGCUGUGUGAGCCGCAGAGUCUGCGCUGUCGCCGCCAUGUUGCCAGCUGCCGCCACCGCCAGCCUCUAGCUGUGCUCCCCCCCUUCCUCCCCCUCUGCCUUCUCCUUCCCCCCCUUACAGCCCGCUCCGGAGCCGCCAGCAGGAGGAGGAGGGAGGAGAAGGCCGCGGAGUCCCGGAGAGCAGCUCGCCCAGCGCCAGCCAUGUCCACCGUGGACGGUAAACAAUCCACCACCGAGCGGGCGGUUAAAUGUGAGUCCGUAUGGUCAGUGUGUGCUGUGUCUGUCCGGGGGGCCGGGGGGGCCGUGUGACCGCUCUCCCCCUGCUGAGCUCCCAUACAGCGAUAUUAAAGAUGGCGGCCCCGAGCUGAAUGGCUGGGACCGAGCAGGGAGAUGGAGGGGGCUGCCGGGGCCUGCCUUGUCCUCACCAUCUACUCACCAUCCAUGGCAGCGGCAGGCAGCCUUCAGCACGCCAGAGGCUGUGGGACUACACCUCCCAUAAUGCUCUGACUGCCACAAUGCUGGCAAAGCAUCAUGGGAGAUGUAGUCCACAGCAUCUGGAGCUCAGAAGGCUGCCCACCCCCUGACCUAUGGGCUACAAGAGCAUGGCAACACCCCCCUCCCCCAUGUCACUUGGACAUCCAGCUCCAUCUGUGUGCAUAUCCUGCAUGUAGUGUUAUAUGGGAAUCAUCCCCUUGUCUAAACUUGUUUGUCCAUUAACAGUGAUAGGUAAUCUACGUCUCCUCUAAUGCUCUGACUGCCAUAAUGCUGGCAAAGCAUUAUUGGAGAUGUAGUUCACAACAUCUGGAGUGCUGAAGGUUGCCUACCCCCUGACCUAUGGGCUUUAAGACCUAUGGGCCAUAUACCCCCUGUCACUUGUACGUUCAGCCCUAUGUGUGUGCAUACCCUGCAUGUGGUGUUAUAUCAGCCAGGGCAUCAUCCCCUUGCUUAAUCUAUUCUGUCCAUUUACAGUGAUGGGUAAUCUAUGACCCUUGAGACGUUGUGGACUACGACUCCCGUCAUGUUCAGUCUGUCUCCUAGUUCUCAAUAGCUUUAGGGCUAAUGUUAACCAUCACUAAUCUGUAUUAGAUCAGUAGCGUCCAUUGAUUAUUUUUGUACAGUAUGUGUGUAGGGGUAAUGAUGCCCAAAUAAAAUGUGUUGUUUGGUUUUCCUGCCAUUAUAUGUUGUUUAUUGUUUUGUGUUAAGGUGAAUGGAAAUAACAGGUGAAGAGCCAGUAUCAUGGUACCAUGGGGGGGUUUUCUUGAUGAGUUAAAAAGGGACUUCCACUUGUUGGGAUAUAAUUACAUUGUGGAAUGUUUCUGACAUGUGAGGGUAGACUUAAAUUACAGUACUGGUGCAUAAAUUGUCAGUAUAUGGUUUAUGUGAAAUUGGAUAGGCAGGUCUGUAACUUUUUGGAAUUAUUUGCCAUGUUAAAUAAUGUUUAGAACUGGAUGGAUAUGUGUAUUUUAGUGUAAUUUGUAAAACUGUUGCAGAAACAAGAGUUAAUUAUUGGAUUAAAGAACAUGUAAUUGCAUUAAAGUAUAAAGUUACCAAAAUGGGUAAUUUAAUAGGUGCAGUCUGGAUGGGAAAUAAUAAUAUAUUAGAAUGUAACAAAUGUUUAAUCGUGUAUAUUGAUUAAAAUAGAACUGUCAAAGUGCCUUUUUGUGGUAUUGAAAUAACACUCAGAGGAUACAUUUAUUACUUGUGCUUAAUAAAAAAAAUAAAAAUAAAUAAACAACCUGUGACCUGCCUAUGGCUUGCAUGUUGCUCAGUUGAAAAUGUCAGUAUUUAGGUAGCAACAUAAUCAAAUUGUGUUGUUCAAUCAUGCAUGAGCUCACCCAGAACAGAGAUUUCAUGUCUGAAAAAAGAUUUCAUGUCAUACAAAUAGUGAUUGUUUUUAAAAUGUACAUUUGGUCUUAUAAUUGUUAUACUUCACACACACACAUGCACUCUUUCACUAUAUUAUCUCAGUUUUCAUCUAGUGGAAGAACAGAUUAUCAGUAAAUAUAACUUUGUUCUGUGGUCCGGCUGUUUUUCUGUAAACUCCUCUAAAAAUCCAAUACUCCUGCAUUAAUUGUAUUUCACUCAGUGGGAAUUGGGCAGCUCAAGGCUUUAUUUUGUAAAAUGCUCAAAUUUCAGUUUCUAUGUUGUUAUUCAAUCCUAAAGAGUUACCCACUACUGUAAGGCACCACCUCUGAUUUUUGUGAAUAGUCAGGGUAGCAACAUGAUUAGCAGCCCUCUAAUAAUUUUUUUUUUAUCAAUUGAAGUAAGUGAUACAUUACAUCAUUAACCUUUCAGGGAUUUUAAACUUAUCUUGUUUUAAGGAAAGGGAACUUCUGAAAUCUAUGCCCUGUAAAUCUGUUGUCUUGUUUGUGGGUAUGCAGACUGUUUUCAGUUUUUGAAGUACUCCCUUCAUGGUGUCGAAGUUGGAUUUGGACUGGUACCCGACGGGCAGGUUUCUACAAUUCAAAGAUGCUGAAUUUUUAUUGCCAGACACCCAAGACAUGCAGUUAUGGCUAGCUUUUUUGUGGGGCACACAAUGUUAGGAGUAUAAAGUCUAUACCUCCAGCGGGUUUGGACCUCACUAAUUGCUUGCCUGUAGUCUGGUGGUCUCUACUGAGUGCAUGCACUUUAACCUGCUAUGUGCCAAAAUUGCGAGGGAGUGAUUACUGAAGUCUGUACCUACUGAAGUGCAUACCUCUUAGAUGUUCCGUGGAUUGGAUAGUGUAUCAUUCUGCCUUCACAGAACAUACCACAGAUUUCCAAUUUUCUGCACCACUCAUGCCUGCAACACUUCUACAUCUUUCCCAAAACACAUACCUUUGACAAAAUGAAAUGAUCUUAGAUGGACACUCCACUGCUCAAAUACAAAAUAAAUAAAAAUGAUUCUUUAGUAGGUAUAUCACCAAUGAAAACAUGUAUGCAUUUCAUAAUGCUUUUUUUCAUUAGGGGUAUAUCUAAAAACAACUUGCAAAAGCUGCUGUUCUCUUGUCUGCUGCAUUGCAUGCCCUCCCCUUCUGACCCCACCCAUAUAUUCUGUGGCUGUCCAAUCACAAACCUUCCAGUGCAGCUCAAGUGCAAGGCUGAUGAUUUGUGCAAUUGUCUGCCUCUUGAGUUUAGCUCCACUGAGCUAACAGGACUAGAUAUCUGCUUGAAAGCUGUUGGUGAAAUCAGGUUGACAUAUAAAGAUAGAGAAAAACUUAUCAGGGAGAUAGAAGAGCCUUAACGGCGAAACGCGCGUCAGGACGUUAUUUGUAUGGUGUGGCUUCUAUGAUGAGGGAAGACAUGCUUUAAUAUAUUCAGACUAUACCACCCAUACAAGAUUUAUUUUAUAUUUAUUUCAUUUGCACUUUUUCUUCUAUUUUUUUUAUUCCAGUUUUCGUUCUGUGAUUUCUAAACAUCCUGCAUUUACUCUACUUAGAGGAGGGAAGGUGGUAACUAGUAUUUAUUAAGAGGUGCCCUUGAAGGCACAGCAGAGUAAGGAAGCUAGUCUCUCCACUCUUAGCUUUCUCUCCUGCCUAAAUAUACAAUCUUCUGCAGCUUGCCCUUCUGCUAGUAUUCAAACCGCAUUUAUCUUUUUCCCUCCUCUCUAUUUAUUAGACUAGCAACGUUUUGUUACUUUUGCUAGCAGUUACAUUUUCUGUUAUUCUGUAUCUACUCUAUGCAGUAUUUCCUCUUCUAACUACCACUGACUCACAGAGUGAUAUUAUUGAUUUCUUAUUUAUUUAUUUCUGUUAUCUUUUUAUGUUAUCCAAAUAAUAGGGCUAUAUUUCUUUAUUACUUUAUUUUUUUCCUUAUGUGAUUUAGGAGUUUUUUUUGUUUUGUUUUUUUUUUGUUUUGUUUUUUUAACUCCCAUCUAAGCAGAAGCUAUAUUUACUCUGCUUAUUCUUAUUUUUUAUUACAUAAUUUUUUUUACACUAUAUUAAUUACAUGUUACGUUUUAUCUGGGUUACUCGUAUUUCAGAAGGGCUCCCCUACUAAAUGGUUCACCCUUUUGUUUCUUCUCUCUAUUCUGUAGUGUAAUCAGGUUGAUUUUAAAAAAGAUUCACAGAUUAUCAGUCGAUCCCUAGCACACACUACACAUCACAUACAGCCAGCACAAACCACACACUGAAUACACAUACCUAGCACAUCCCCCUGGGGAAGUACAGAGGACAAGACACUAAACUCCAAAUAUAGCGCCACUCAAAAAUAAAUGGCUUAGCAACCCUUAAAUUUGUGGUCGGGGACAAUAAAACCAAAUCCUUGAUGAGCAGUAACACGGAAGCCCAGAUUGGCAGUGAUGUGCAGGAAAAAACUGCAAAGGUGUGCCGGAAAAAAAGGGCAAAAACUCUACUAAAGCAAAGCACAAAACCGUGUGUACUACUUGGAAUCAGUAGGGUCAGUAUUUUGGUUAAAUUGAGAUACUAUCAUAUUUAGAGAUCAGAAAGGCAAACGUGCAAAUUUCAUGGUUUAAAAUGGGCCCAUCACCAAAGGCAUUAAGAUUUCCAUAACUCAACAUUUUUAAAUGGUAGCCAAUAAUUGGAGAACAAAAUCAGGUAAUCAUGUAUGUUUAGGAUAAACAUAAUCGGAGCAAGUGGUAUUGCCAUCUGACCCGACCCAGCUGACUACCUAUAACAGAAGAAAACACUUGUCAGCAAUAUACAAUAAAUACGUUUAACACAGAGUAAUUUCAGAGGAAGGGGGGAAAAAAACAGCAUUCUCUGUCGAUUUUUAGUUUUGCUGACCUGACUAAUGCCAAGUUGCAAGAAAAUGAAACUGGUGACAAGUGAGGCCUUAGUAGUUGCCAGCUGACUUUUAGAGACUUGGUUUGGGCUACAGAUUGUUGUGACGGAGUGCUGGUGUAUUGGUGAAGCAAGAUUCAACUCCGAUUGGCCAUGACAAUCGAAGCCCUGACUUGGUAGUUUGCUCAAGGAAAACAAAAAAAAAGGUAUGAUUUGAGCAGAGGGGUGUAUGUCUACAUAAUUAGGAUAGGUGUUCAACUAACAGGAGCAAGAAGGUAAAAAAGGUUGCCUACCCCUGAGUCCUAGCCCAUCUAAGGGUGACCUGAAGUUAGAUCAAAGUUUCAGUGAAGUCUAACAUUUAAGAGCUUGGUGAGGAGCCCGUGGACUCAUUUUCAAAGGAAAUGAUUGUGACUGAGGAAGCUCAGUAAGCAUUCUUUUUUUAUAAAGAGAUUUACAGAACUGGUAGCAAUAUAUUACAGUACUACAGAACAUAAAGCAACACAGAGAUACCAAAUUGUAAAAAACAUACAGCAAUAGUUUGACCUGUGUGAAUAGUGGGUAUUACAGUGUACACUAUAUAAUUAUAGACAUCACAAGAUACGAUAAGAACGAAACAGGAAAUUUCCAGUAUCUGACAAGAUGUAUAGUUCGCAUGUAAGAAAAGUUUAUUAUUACAGGAUGAAGAAGGAGCUAUCAUUACAGAAGAAGACUACUACAUAGCAUAUGUUAUGGCUUAGUAAAAGAACAUAGCUGACAGUAAAAUAUAGAACUAGACUACAGUGGGCAAAAAGCAUCUGAGAAGAUGGUAUAGUUUACACUACUGUAUAAAUAAAGACAUUAUAUGGGAUGUUACCAUGUGAAACAAUCGUGUAGGGGGCGUAACUGUAUAAAACAAAACAGUAUACCAGACAUGGCAUAGGUCACUUGACAAUAUUAGGCUAGAACAUUACAGUAACUGUCAUAUAGAACAAAAAUAUAGCUUGGAUAAAACAUGGAUAUACAGUGAGCCAAUAGAAAAGGGCCAAACUGUGUAAUGGAUAUUGCCGUACCAGACAAAGCUUUAUGGUGGACUUACAGCCUAGGACAAUACAAAAACUGUGUGGAAGACAUUUUCGAAUGGGAUGAGAUUUUAUUGAGGACGGUCCCAUGAAUGACAAAUCUGUAUAGAGGAGUGGUUCCCAAACCAUUCCUCAUGGCCCAUCAACAGUCCAGGAUUUAUGUAUUUCCCUGUUUUAUUCCAAUGGAGAUACUAACAAAACCUGGACUGUUGGUUUCGGAAGCGCUGGUAUAGAGGUUAUUUACAGAUGGAGAAUAAGGCUGCAUAGAAGAUGUUACAGUGUAGGACAAGACUGUAUAAAGUCCCUGACGGUGCUGACAGAGAAUUAGCAAGAUUGUCUAGUAUACAAGACUGCAUAACUUUGAUUAUAGUUCACUAUAAGACUGUAUAGGGUGCAUGAUAUCAGACGAGACUAAAGAGUGAAAAUUGUCAUAAAAGCUACUUAUUAGACAUUACCAAUUCGAACAAGACAGCAUAAAGGACAAUACCAUACAUGACAAGAUAGUUUAGAAGACAUUGCAGUAUAGAGCAGGGCUCAAGAUUUUAUGUCCUAUGUUACAAGCCAGACUUAUAAGUUACUCGCAACUGCAAACCUCCUCCGACAACAUGGACCAAUAUUAAAGCCACAUUGCCCCACAAAUUACUCAAGCAGCAUCUGAGAAUUCCUUGGUGCAAGCUCUGAUUUGCAGAAGGUUUUGUGCUAGCCGCCUAUGGACUCCUCAUAUGUAGUCUUUACAACUAUGCUAAUGACAUAGCAGCAGUGGCAUCGUAAAUCAGGAUGAUAACAAAGAUAACUUUUCCCAUCAGAUACUGUCACAGUGAGAUAGCUAGGCACUCAAAGAGAAAUUCAAAUGUAAGGCAAAAAUAGCCAAAAUAAAAAGGGAUUUUAACACAAUAGUAUACACAUUUGUUCCUUUAAAUUUUAUUGAGGUUAUCCUUUCAAAUCUUUUAGUCCUAGUAAUAGACUUGUGCAGGGUGAAAAAUGUUAGUUAUUCUAAACCACUUCAAUAGAAUUUUCUUUUCAAGCUGGAAUCAAUUACUUCAUGCCACUGUUCGACUCAACUAAAUUUCUGUACCAAAAUGUUGUUUUUUUUUUUUAAAAAAUCCUAACAUCCUAGCAGGAAAAUAGAGGCCAAUGACAGUGCUGCACGCAGCGGUGGUGUACGUGUUCACAGUCCUCAUAACGGAGGACUACUGCUGGUGGGGGAUUGUUAUUAGUAUGUGACAUUGAUGAGGGUGUGUUUGUCUUAUUACAAUAAAUUAGGUAUAUGAAUGAUUGUAUAAAGUAACACAACUUUAUCAAGCAGGUGAUAAAGGUGUUUGAGUUGCAAAAUUGAUUAGUGCUUGUUGGAUUUAUUACUUUAACAUUAUUCUGUUUGAUUUUAAGUAGCACAGCACAGUGUACAAAAUGAUUUCCAUAUAAAGUAGAUGGCAUCUAUAAAGUAAGUCUACAUUAAAAAAUACAUAUGAAAACCCAGUCAUGCUACCAAAGCAUCAACUCAAAAGUCAAUUUUUAAGUUAUCUUUAAGGCUUAGUGUCAUGAAGGUCAAACAUCUUUCAACAAUGCAUUCCACAGCAGGGAGAUGAGUCCAAGCACCUGGUCUGUAAUAGAUAGCUACACAGAACUGGGGAGAGGAUAAGUCUUUGUUGAGACUUGCUGGUGGCAUGGGAGAUGUGCUGAAUUUUGUAAAUUUUCCUAUGGUUUCUUUGAAAAUAUGAAAGUGCUAAUUAUUUGUUAUCUUUUAUAGCAGACACACUCUGCUAAAUGACUACCAGGCUAACAUGACUCACCUUUGCAGCUAUAUAUAUAUAUAUGCUUUAUAAGUUACUUUCUUCAUGCAAUCUGUACACCGAGUGGAGAAUUUGUUGCAUGUAUAACUUUGGCAAUUUUUGGUCAACUGUAGUUAAAAUGCGUGUCCAUUUAUUAUUAUUAUUAUUAUUAUUAUAUUUAUAGAGCGCUGUCAAAUUCUGCAGCGCUUUACAAUGGGUGGACGAACAGACAUGUAGUUGUAACCAGACAAGUUGGACACACAGAAACAGAGGGGUUGAGGGCCCUGCUCAAUGAGCUUACAUGCUAGAGGGAGUGGGGUAAAAUGACACAAAAAGGUAAGGAUAGUAUUAGACUAGUGACAGUUGCAGAAGAGGAAUCAGUCAGGAGCUAUUAACAGUUUAAUUGAUAAGCUUUUAUGAAGAAGUGGGUUUUUAACAAUUUUUUGAAGGAGUGGAGACUGGGUGAGCAUCUAACGGAGGAGGGAAGCGAGUUCCACAGGAACGGUGCAGCCCUCGAGAAAUCUUGAAGGCGAGCAUCAGAGGUGGGAGUGCGGACAGAAGAUAGACGUAAGUCUUCAGCAGAUCGUAAGGGCCUAGACGGGACAUACUUGUGUAUAAGGGAGGAUAGAUAGGUGGGAGCAGCAUUAUGUAGAGAUUUGAAAGCAAGAACCAGAAUUUUAAAUUGAGCUCUAUAUUUUAUAGGAAGCGAACGUAGGGACUGACAGAAAGGUGAGGUGUGGGCGGUGCGGGCGGACAGGAAGAUGAGCCUCGCCGCCACAUUCAUUAUGGACUGUAAUGGUGCAUGUUGGUAGCACAUUAGACCACUGAGAAGCGGAUUACAGGAACACUAUAGAAUACAAAUGUGUACUCCUGACAUUAUAGGUCUAAAUAGCUGUUUAGCCCCAAGCCUCCCUUACCUCUGGUUGAAAAGGUGAUUUACAAAAAAAAAAAAUGAUACCGACCUCCAAAACAUUUCGCAAAGAAUCAAAAAGUAUUUAAUGGAUAGUGUAAAGAAAUAAAUUAAAGGCAAUCUAUUAAUGCAUCACUGAAAAUUCAUCUAUAUACACAAAUCAUUAAUUGAUCGGAAAAACCUGAAUUCAUAUUCUGUACAUCAUAUCUCAAAAAACACCAGUAGUUAAUCCGAAAGACUUGAUCAUGAAAAAUUAUAUACAAAAAUCUAAUUCAUCAAAACAAUUAUUUGAGAGUUCAUCAAACCUGGAUCCUGGUCAUAUUAUGGAUUAGAAUUAAGCGAAAUAUGCUUGUGAUACAUCCUACCAUACUCCGUACUAAUAAUAAGGAAUAUAGUUAGUCCUGCCUAAAAUGGUAGCCGAGUCUCUAGAAAAGACAAAAAUAAAUUAAAUACUGCCGAAAAUAAAAACGUGGAAAAAAUUCAGCAAAAAAAAGUCUCUAUAUGUAAGUUCUUCUGAGUACUCAAAAAGAAUUGUAUGUAUUUUUUUUUUUUUAAUUGGUAGGAUAUCAGCAAAUACAGUUGAAGAAGGGUAUUUGAAUGUUGUAGUAGCAGGUAGUGUGUGUCAUAAGGACCAUUCACUUCAACCAGCCCAUAAGGUAUCCGCUGGAUUCCUCUAUUUGUUUGGACGUCUGUAAUCCCUCUCACCUGUUUCCAGUGCCGCCCAAGUCUGGCCCCGCCCAUGCUCCUCCUUGACUCAGAUCAUCAGUCUCGAUGAUAUCAGCCAAUCCAACACUUUCUCAUAGUAAAGCAUUUGGAGGCUAUUGGCCAUGCGCAGCAAAACGCCAAUCAGCAUCUCCUCGUAGCAUCAGCAUCUCUAUGGGGAGAGUUAAGUACCUCCAUGCAAAGCAUGGCAUCGGUUUCUGAACUGGAAUCAGAAAGGAACUAGUUAUCUAUUUCUAUUUUCUAACAUCUUUAGAGCAUGUUACACUGUACACUUUUGUUAAAAUGUAACUGUUAUUUAACAUAUUACUAUUUCUUUGUAUUUUGCUAACUCUUUAUUGCACAAGUUGACACUAUUCAGGUAUCUAUCAUUAGGAGCGACACAUUUUUGUGUGAUAACUUCAUUUAUUUAUUCCCAUAAACUGUAUUGUAGUGAAAUACUGAAGUUUUGAAAAUUCCUACUUGCCUAAUCACAUGGACUUGGUAGUCAUGGGUGCUCAUAUUUUGUGGGAUCUUCUGUGCACUAUUCUACUCUCAUUAACUAGAUCGGGGAGGCAACCUACGGCACUAGUGCCAUGCACGGCACUCAAGGUGUCUUUGCACGGCACUCAAGGCUGCUACAGCCAAACAGGCUAUUGCCUAUCAGGAGUCCCAGUGAAGCUUCCAAUAAAUGCUAAUACGAAAAGGUGGUGAAGGACAAUCCUCAAAUUAUGUAUUGCAGCACAUAGAGUAAAUGAUCUCAGAUCACUUCCUCCCAGCACUUGUGAAUGAGGAUCCACACUGUAGUAGAGCAGCCUGCCCCUGCUAUUGCAGCUCCUGUCCUUGACCUGUACCUGGCCAGCCUGGUCCCCACUGGAAACCAGGGAAGCCACCCACACUGCUAGAUUUACACAGAAAUGCACAAUAACCCUCCCCUCGUACAAAUAAUAUGAACAGCCCACAAACAAACAUACAUACAAUCCGCACAAACGUAACCCGCUAACAGUCCACAUACAUGCACACAACCCCACAUGCAGCCUCUCACAUGCAAUACCCCAAACAGCCCCGACACAUACUACCAAACACACAAUGUGACAUAUCCAUCCACACACACACACAAUUCCACAAGCAGCCCCCAUACAUAGGUAUCAUACACAAUACCACAAACUACUCCUGAACAUAUACAAUAUAAUAGCUUAUAUACGCACAAAUACAACAAUAAAUAGCAAUUACAGUAUAAAUAACACAAGCAGAAUACGGCAGCAUACACACCUCAAUUUAAAAAAAUAGGACCGGCACGCUACGGGACAUCACAAUCCUAUAUCGGCACAGUGCUGCUAAAAAGUUACCUACCCCUGAACUAGAUUGUUUAAGGACCACUCGUAUGUAUCUUUAAACACCAGCUUUAGAACAUGUGGUUUGUUUACUGGCUUGAAGAAAUUGGCCCAUCUCAUAGGCAACCUGGUAUAAUGAAGUUGUUUUGAUUUAUUUAUUUAUUUAUUUUAUUUGCAUUGUGUAUUAUUAUUAUGUUAUUUAUAUAGGGCCGACAAAUUCCGCAGUGCUUUACAGUGGGUGGACGAACAAUCGUGUAGUUGUAACGAGACAAGUUGGACACACAGGAACAGAGGGGUUGAGGGCUCUACUCAAUGAGCUUACAUGCUAGAGGGAGUGGGGUAAAGUGACACAAAAGGUAAGGAUAGUAUUAGAAUGACAGUUGCAAGAGAGGAAUCAGUUGGGAGCUAUUAACCGUUUAAUUGAUACGCUUUUAUGAAGACGUGGCUUUUUAAUGACUUUUUUGAAGGAGUGGAGACUGGGUGGGCAUCUAAAGGAGGAUGGAAGUGAGUUCCAUAGGAACGGUGCAGCCCUCGAAGUCUUGGAGGUGAGCAUCAGAGGUGGGAGUACGGACAGAAGAUAGACAUAAGUCUUCAGCAGAGCGUAAGGGCCUUGGCGGGACAUACUUGUGUAUUAGGGAGGAUAGAUAGGUGGGAGCAGCAUUAUGUAGAGAUUUGAACGCAAGAACCAGAAUUUGAAAUUGAGCCCUAUAUCUUACAGGAAGCGAACGUAGGGACUGACAGAAAGGUGAGGUGCGGGCGGACAGGAAGAUGAGCCUCACCGCCGCAUUCAUUAUGGACUGUAAUGGUGCAUGUUGGUAGCACAUUAGACCACUGAGAAGCGGAUUACAGUAGUCAAGGCGAGAAAGGACAGUGAAAUGGACCAGCAUCUUAGUCGUAUCUGGCGACUAGAUGAGCGCAAUGUUUUUGAGAUGGAAGUGGCAGGAUUUGGCGGUAGACUGAACAUGGGGCAUGAAGGAAAGGUCGUAGUCGAAGAGAACACCUAGUCAGCGAGCCUGUGUGGUGGAGUGGAUGGUAGCACUGUUGACUUGGAGGGAGAGAGACACAAGAGUAGCAACACCUGAGGGAGGAAAGACCAGAAUUUCAAUUUUGGUCAAGUUGAGUUUGUUAGUGGACAGCCAUCCAGUUAGAAAUAGCAGAGAGAAAGUCAGAGACACUAGUUAAGAGGGACGGGGAGAAAUCAGGAGCGGACCGGUAGAUUUGCGUGUCAUCUGCAAAGAAAUUAUAUUGGAAGCCAAAGGAGCUAAUGAGUUUACCAAGGGAAGCAGUAUAGAUAGAGAACAGUAGGGGACCAAGAACUGAACCUCGAGGGACACCAACAGAAAGGAGUUGGGGAGAAGAAGCAGAGCCAGAAAAAGAAACAAGGAAAGAGUGCUGGAAGACGUUGGAGGAGCACCAGCAGAGAGUGAUAUCUUGUAGACUGAUAUUGCGAAGGAUGAGAAGAAGCUGUUGAUGAUCAACCAUGUCAAAAGCAGCAGAAAGGUCAAGGAAAAUUAGGAUAGAGUAGUGACCACAAGAUUUUGCAGCGAGUAGAUCAUUGGAUACUUUGGUCAGUGCUGUUUCCACAGAUUGCUUAGCUCCUAAACCGGACUGAAGUGGGUCUAGCAGAGAUUUGGACUCGAGGAAGUCUGUCAAUCUCGCAUACACCACUCUCUCAAGGAUCUUGGACGCAAAAGGCAGUAGCGAGAUAGGACGGUAGUUGGACGGUGUGACGAGACCAAUCUCGCCACAUUGCAUUGGAGAAGCCUGGUUGCUCGCCUGCUGCCUUUGGACUAUGGCCCCCUUUUAAAAGACAUCUUUUUUUUUUACCUGCAGAAAAGCUUCAUUCGUGCUUUUCUGCCUGGGGUUCGGUAGAUUUGUUUGAAUGUGUUAUACCCCAGAUAGGAAUCCCAUGGAGCCCAUUCGUAUGAAACUGACUGUAAAGACUUUGGCUCCAUGGCGAUUAAACUGUAUUCGUGUGGUCUGAGCGCCAUUCGCUUAAUAAUGUGCGCUCAGACCUGAGCUAUCUGGGGAUAUGUGAAAUGUCUGUGUUUUAUGUAUAAAAGGUGACUUUAUGUAUUUUAAAGUGUUUUGUGUCUUUUUGCAACCAUGUGCUUAAUGGAGUCUUGUGUCUGUCCUGGGAGAUAAUUGAAUUACUUAUCUCCAGGAUAGAAGACUCUGAAACUGGUUUGGGCCAGAAAGCCAUGCUUCAUUUAGUCACAAAGGACUUUUUACUAACUUUUGAACCCCUUGUCUGAUUUGUGCCAUUUUUGAAUAUGUUGUUCCCCUGAAUGGAUUGAUUGUGCAUAUGUAAUUUUAUGUGAAUGUGAUGUAUGGUUUUAGAGUUAUGAAAGUUGGGUAGAAAGUAUGUUUUAACUGUAUGUAUAAUUGAGUUUCCUCUCAGGAUAAGGGGAGGGAAUAUGUGGGAUGUAACUGUGAUGUGAUUGGUUGUUUUAUACCUCCCUGUGGGCGGUCCUGUAUUUGCAAGACUGUAAUAAAAACCAGGCUGGGUGUGCCAGCACCUCAGACCACUGCUUGACCCUCAACACGGAGCCUUGUCUCGUUCUUGGGGGGAUUCACUGUAUGCUGUUAGAGACUGAUUGCCAGGAGUGUAAGCUGAUUGUCUGCUUUUCCUGUUCGUCUGCUAGCAGCUAUUUGGGAGGUUCCAGUUCGGGAGUUGGAGUGCUAUUUUGUAUCCAGUUUGGGAGUUUGGUGUUCUGCAGUAGCUGUGCCUGUAUCUCUGGAAAGGGGGCCGAUCGCCUAAACGGUUUUUACCCCUUUGUGCAAAACGGUCCGUUACAAUUGGUGGCAGCGGCGGGAUCGUUCCUACAGCCAGAAGGACAGCUACAGGAGACACCAUUCCGUGGAUUUUACAAUUUGAGGGCAACGCAUGUCUCAGUACAGCGACCCUGACAGCAACAGAAUGGAACCAGCAGUGUCAUACGAGGAGGAGGACCUGGAUGGCCGGGAUGCAUUAAGGAAAGGCAUCUGGUACCAGGCCCUGGAUAAUGUACAAUACCAGCGGGGCGAGAGUCUCCCCAGUGAAGAGCAGCGGUUGCAGAAGCAAGUGGCCCUGCGGAUGCCCUUCCUGGGAGAGCAGCCCCUGAUGAAUGGGUGAAGGAAUUGGAGCACCGGGUAUGGCAGGAGAUUUGGCUGGAAGAUGCCUACCAGGCGCUCUGGUGGUAUGGGGCACAGUACCUGCCCUGGACAGCCGAGCAUGACAAGCCAGAGGGAGAGGAGUUUGAUGGUCCUGGCUUGUUAUGGGAGGCUUUUUCAGAGCCUGAAUUUGGGAGCCCUACACAAGCCCGGUUCAGUGAUCUCUUGGAGUGGAGGGAGGCUAGGCAUGACUGGGAUGACCCCCAUGAGGUAGAGCAAGACCUGGCUCACCUAGCAACCCUGGAGUGGGAACUGGAGCAGGACUAUCGAGAUCUCUUCCACUCCAUUGGGAAGGCUCCGCAGGACAGCAGAGUGACAGAUCCAGUCUCAGACCCAUUCAGCUGGGAAGAUAUUGUUGAAAUUUACUGGGAGGAACCCCAGGCGGCAGGUGGAGAGGGGACCGAGGUCUCUCCACCGGUAUUGCAGGGAAUUGGUAGCCCGAGCUCCAUUCCCCAGCGGGAGAUAUUGCAGGGAAUUGGGAGCCCAAGCUCCAUUCCCCAGCGGCAGGCUGAGUUACAGGGGGCAGAGGUAGUUGUUCCUGCCCCCCAGCAGCAGAGUGAUAUGCCAGGAAGGCAGUGUGAAGUGCAGGGAGAGGAGAGCAGCGUCCUCCCUCCCCAGCGGCAGGCUGAGUUACAGGGGACAGAGAUAGUUGCUCCUGUCCCCCAGCAGCAGAAUGAAUUGCAGGGAAUUGGGAGCCCAGUCUCCAUUCCCCAGCGGGAGAAAUUGCAGGGAAUUGGGAGCCCAGUCUCCAUCCCCCAGCAGGAGAUAUUGCAGGGAAUUGGGAGCCCGAGCUCCAUUCCCCAGCGGGAGAUAUUGCAGGGAAUUGGGAGCCUGAGCUCCAUUCCCCAGCGGCAGGCUGAGUUACAGGGGACAGAGAUAGUUGCUCCUGUCCCCCAGCAGCAGAAAUAGUGCAGGGUUGCUCCCAUUCCCCAGCGGCAGUGUGAUAUGCAGGGAAUAGGGAGCCCAGUCUCCAUUCCCCAGCGGCAGAGUGUCCUACCGGGAAUAGAGAGCCCAGUCUCCUUUCUCCAGCAGCAGGACUCUGUAUUGGGAGCAGAGACAGUCGGUCUCCCUCCCCCGCGGCUGGAAGUAUACAUGGGAGAGGAGCUUGUUACCCCCUCUCCCCAGUGGCAGCUUCAUGUACCAGGGGGAGACAGUAAGCCCCACAACGGUGCAGAUGGGACCGUAGUCUCUACACUGCCAGCACAGGGGGUAGGGACGGUCGGUUCUGCCCCCCAGCGACAGAGCUGCGUGUCCAAAGGGGAGACAGUCGGUCUCCAGCAGCAGGACUGUGUAUCUAAAGGGGAGACAGUCGGUCUCCAGCAGCAGGACUGUGUAUCUAAAGGGGAGACAGUCGGUCUCCAGCAGCAGAGCGGUGUAUUUAAAGGGGAGACAGUCGGUCUCCCCCUCCAACAACCAGGCUUCCACCAGGCUACCCUCCCAGUAGCGCUGGCAACAGGACAGAGUGCCGCUGGUCUCUGCCCACGCAGCAACCCACCAAGUCAGCGUACCCGUACCCAGCACAGCCGUGGUGAGGCACCUGGACAUGGACAAGCUUCUCCUUUACCCAGGUGUAGUAACCAUUUAUUGUGGGUGGGCUGUGCUGUUGAUUAUGUUUUGUGGGUGGGCUGCUGGACUAACAAGGGCACUGACCGGCAGGAGGUCAGAUACCCUGUUAGUCUGUUUGGAAAAGGGGAGAGAUGUGACGAGACCAAUCUCGCCACAUUGCAUUGGAGAAGCCUGGUUGCUCGCCUGCUGCCUUUGGACUAUGGCCCCUUUUAAAAGACAUCUUUUUUUACCUGCAGAAAAGCUUCAUUCGUGCUUUUCUGCCUGGGGUUCGGUAGAUUUGUUUGAAUGUGUUCUACCCCAGAUAGGAAUCCCAUGGAGCCCAUUCGUAUGAAACUGACUGUAAAGACUUUGGCUCCAUGGCGAUUAAACUGUAUUCGUGUGGUCUGAGCGCCAUUCACUUAAUAAUGUGCGCUCAGACCUGAGCUAUCUGGGGAUAUGUGAAAUGUCUGUGUUUUAUGUAUAAAAGGUGACUUUAUGUAUUUUAAAGUGUUUUGUGUCUUUUGCAACCAUGUGCUUAAUGGAGUCUUGUGUCUGUCCUGGGAGAUAAUUGAAUUACUUAUCUCCAGGAUAGAAGACUCUGAAACUGGUUUGGGCCAGAAAGCCAUGCUUCAUUUAGUCACAAAGGACUUUUACUAACUUUUGAACCCCUUGUCUGAUUUGUGCCAUUUUUGAAUAUGUUGUUCCCCUGAAUGGAUUGAUUGUGCAUAUGUAAUUUUAUGUGAAUGUGAUGUAUGGUUUUAGAGUUAUGAAAGUUGGGUAGAAAGUAUGUUUUAACUGUAUGUGUAAUUGAGUUUCCUCUCAGGAUAAGGGAGGGAAUAUGUGGGAUGUAACUGUGAUGUGAUUGGUUGUUUUAUACCUCCCUGUGGGCGGUCCUGUAUUUGCAAGACUGUAAUAAAAACCAGGCUGGGUGUGCCAGCACCUCAGACCACUGCUUGACCCUCAACACAGAGCCUUGUCUCGUUCUUGGGGGAUUCACUGUAUGCUGUUAGAGACUGAUUGCCAGGAGUGUAAGCUGUUCGUCUGCUUUUCCUGUUCGUCUGCUAGCAGCUAUUUGGGAGGUUCCAGUUCGGGAGUUGGAGUGCUAUUUUGUAUCCAGUUCGUGAGUUUUGGUGUUCUGCAGUAGCUGUGCCUGGAUCUCUGGAAAGGGGGCCGAUCGCCUAAACGGUUUUUACCCCUUGUGUGCAAAACGGUCCGUUACAGACGGGGAGUUAGGGUCAAGUUUGGGCCUCUUUAGAAUUGGGGUUACAGUUGCAUGUUUGAAGGGCGAUGCAAAUAUGCCAGUGGAGAGAGAGAGUUUGAGAAUUUUAGUGAGAGGUAGAGAAAGAGAAGUAGACAGUACGGAUGACAUGCGAGGGAAUUGGACAUAGGGAGCGGGUGGUGGGGCGGGAGGACUGGAGCAGAGCAGAAACCUCUUCCGCUGUAGCGGGUGCUGAACAUAGAACAGCAGAGGGAGUGAGGUUAGGGGAAGUAUUGUAAGGGGAAGAGGAAAGAUGAGAGAUCUCUUCCCUGAUUGUAUAGAUCUUGUCAGUGAAGUGAGUUGCAAAGUCUGAAGCAGUCAAGUUAGUACGCGGAUGAGGAACAGUAGGGUGAAAAAGAGGGUUAAAUGUAUGAAAUAGUCGUUUGGGUUCGCGGGAGAGUGUGGUUAUGAGGGUAUUGAAGGGUAUGAAGGAAAGAGCCAAGCUGUAUGUGCGUAGCAUACAUUUAUAGUGGAGAAAGUCAGAUAACAGUGAGACUUUCUCCAACAGCGUUCAGAAGUUCUGGAGCAUUUUUGGAGGUAUCGAGUCAGCUUGGUGUGCCAAGGUUGUUGUUGGGGGUGCUUGCUGCGUUUAAAUGUAGGAAGUGCCAUGAUGUCUAGUUGAGAGGAGAGAGUGAAAUUGUAAAAAGAGGUUGCAAAACUAGGGCAGGUGAGGUUUGACAUAGGUAAAAAGAGAGUUUGGAGAUUAGUGGAGAAAGGCUCUAGGUCAAGACAUUGGAGGUUUCUGUGAGCUUGAUGUUCAGACAGUGGUGUAAAUUGGGUCUUCGGUAUGCCAAAAGUCAUCAGAUGGUGGCCAGAUAGAGGAAAAUGAAUAUUGGAGAGAUUAGAGGCGGUACAGAGAUUGGUGAAGGCAAGAUCAAGAGUGCUUCCCGCUGUAUGGGUUUAUAAAUUGGACAAUUGCGUGAGGCCAAAGGAGAAGGUUACAGAGAGCAAACGAAUAGGCUCCAAAACCAUCAAACUAUCUUUCAGGAUUGUGGAUUUUUUUUUUAAAAUGUACUUGUCCAAGGAACUAAAGACGUAGCCCAAUUUUAUGCAUCAUGACAAUCUACUUGUCAUUACACAAAAUAAUGUAAAUUAAAAAGAUUGCGGCUCCUGCCAAGAACCCUGGACAUUGACAGGGAUAUUGUCACAAAUUAAAUCUGAAUGGAAAACUAGAGGCAAUAAUAACGGAUCUGGAAAAAAUCUUCAACUCUGCUAUAGUCACAACAUGACUUUGUGACUUGGCUUUGCCAUUUGGCCUUUUUCUGCAAAAAUUGAGUUUUGUGAAUUACCUGGAGUGUAACUGCCCACCGUUAGUCUUCCCCUGUAUCAUGUGUGCAGUGAGUGCUGACUGGGCUGGCUGUAUGUAGUGUGUGUGUGUGCUAGCUGUAUGUAGUUUGUAUAUGUGUGGUGUGUGCUGGCUGUAUGUAGUGUGUGUAUGUGUGGUUUAUGCUGACUAUUUGUCGUAUGUGCAUAAUUUGAGGAAACAAUUCCUCCAGUGUUGGGAUUAGCGUAAAAAAGUAUUUGUCGUACACGAUAUGUAGAAAUAUUCCAAUCUACUUGGGGCAAUAAGGCAAAACCUUUUUGUAGUUCUGUAGAAGGGCACUCUUCCUUGGUCCCAGCAUUUAUUGAGUCAGAAUGCAUGCUUAGAAUCCCAAUUGCUGCACACUUACUCACUAGAGAGUACCACAAGGUAGCAAUUACUGAGUUUUGCACAUCAGAGGUACAGACCUCACACACCCCUAACCGUGGGAGCCAGUCCCUCGGUAAUAUGUGUGCUUGUGUUUAUAAUAUAUCAAUACAUGCUAAAUUAAGUGUAUGUGUACCAAUGGUGGCUUUGGAUGCCAAAUGAACCCUGGCUUCAGUGAAACUGCUUGAAAGUCGUUUAAUAAACACAAGAUUAAUCGCACCCCAAGGCGUCUUGCAACAUACAAGCUAAAUGGAACAAGUAUAGUAAGCUAUAGUGGUUAUGGUACUUAGUGUCCCUUACUUUGACAGACAAACCAAUUCAUGCAGUAGAAUUCUAGAUGCCUGCCCAUCAGCUUUCUUUCUUAAGAGUGGUAUUUAAAUUGAUAGCUUUGGGUUUAGAAGAAAACUCCUAACAAAAUGCAAAUUUAAAGCAAUGUACUGGAACAUUUUUAAAAGUAAAAGAUUUUAGACAAACUUAAUGUAGAUUAUUUUCUAAUCUGGAAAAGAGGAACUACUCAUUUUCAUUGAGCCACGCAGUUAUUGUCAAAGUGAGUUUAAUCAUUCAGGAAAUGAGAUAAAUGUAAGAAAUAAUUCUCCAAGCCUUGUCAAAGCAACUUAAUAGUUGGGGUAAACAUAUCUGACUUUUUUAAGAUUCAUAUGACAGCAUAUGUUUGUUGUGCUUGUUUAUAGGCUAAUAGUGAUGAUUCAAGGGGCAACGAGGACUGUUAAAAAUUGUACCUUGAUAUUUUUGUUUUAAAAAAACAAAACAAAAAAAAACACACUCUGCACUCAACAAUUUUUAUGUUGUGGAUGUUCCCAGCACUGGAGCUGUCUUGUUUGUACUAAACCUAUUUAUUUAUUUAUUUAUUUAUUUUGGUACCAACGAAUCACAGAGGCACAAGUGUUCAUUGACACAUUCAUCUUUUAUCCUUACAAUGGUUUGCAUUGUCUAUAAUUUUCCAACUCUAUCUACACAUAUGCAAACACACAUUGGCUGGGUCCACACUGUUUGUGGCAGCAGUAUUAUAUGGUAGUAUUUUCAUCUGUUCCUAAAUACACCUUCAAGACCAGAAUUAAAGGAGCACUCCAAAUACCAUAUUACUACAGCCCAUUCUAGUAAACGGUUUGACAACAUACCUGGGGUCUUCUGGGUACCAUUCAUCUCCUGCUGUGCAGCUGGAAACUCUGAUCUAGCCUGGCAGUGGACUGUAGUCAUUAUGGUGCUCAGAUUGAAAGUAGAAAGAGAUAGGGGUUGGCAUGUUUAAAUAAGGACCUCCAUCGAUGACGAUGCUCAAUAGUGCAAAAAAUAGGACUGGGCACUGAGCUCCAAGGCAGAUUUUGUUGGACAACGUUUUGGCUCAGAAAGUUUGAAAAGGGAUUUUAAGCCGAAACAUUGUUGUAUCCUGUCCAGUAAAAUCUGCCUUGGGCUUCAUACCAGUGUUUAGUGCUGCUAUCUUUUGUACUAUGGAUUGUUCCUUUAAGCAGAUUUUCUUCUCACAACAGUCAUAAUAUGUCAUUGGUCUUGGGUCAGUUAUUUUGCAUUUGUGUGUGUGGAAGUAAUCAUAUUAUAUAAAUAAACUUAAUAAAGCAUAACGGAAGUGUAAAGAAACCACAGAAGCUGAUCACUUUCAUCUGCUAACAGCUGCCCAUUGCUUAAAUGGAUUUGUAUGACUAUGGAAGUAUGUAAUCGCUGCCUUGGUCUAUCAAUGGGAGGCAAGGUACCCACAUUCACCUUUUCUAAAAUGGUUUAAAACUGAAUAGAGGGGAAGUGCCAGGAGACUCUAGGCAGUAUAACCAAUUGCUCGACAAUCCCAGGCGCCAGGUUGUCAGGACGACUAUAAAUUUUGUCCUGUGUUCCGCCUGUCAUGGGGGGCUCGAGCAGGUCGCCUUGUUACGUUAUUGUCCUCCAAGGCAGGCGGUGCGGGAGCUGUAAUGAUCUCAGCCAAUCUAGUGCUUCUAUAUAGAGAGGCACUGGAGGCCUAUGGCACAUGCACAGCAACUGAAUUAUACAGUUGAUAUACCAUUAUUAUUGAAGUUUAUUCUGUUUGUCUCUAAUACAAAAUGGUUUACUUCAUUAAGAUUUAUGUAGUAACUUUUUUUUUUUUUUUUCAUUAAUGCAGCUGUCCCAUUUCCCCCAACACAUCGGUUAACAUCAGACGAAGUGUUUGACUCUGAUGGGAGACCUAGAGUGGACAUUCUAAAGAAUCAUUUGAUAAAAGAAGGCCGAGUAGAUGAAGAAAUUGCACUUAGGAUCAUUAAUGAGGGUGCUGCAAUAUUACGGCGGGAGAAGACAAUGAUAGAAGUAGAAGCACCUAUUACAGGUAAAACAGUUUGUUGCUUGAACAUUAAGAUUUUGCGUUUUUAUAUGACGUUUAGGGGAAUAUGCUUCUCUUUCCUCUGACCAACAGAGAGAUACAGGUGCUAUGUCUGUGCUGCCUGACAACUGGUGUCCUGGACUUGUCAAGCCCUACAAUGGUGAUCUUAACACUACAACAUGCAGUGAUAUUCAAGACCAUUAUGUGCUUACAGCAGUUAGGAAAAUUACCUUUCCUGUUUGAGCAUGGUAGUGUCCUGUGCACAAUGUAAGUUUAUGCAGAAAUAGAUUAACAAAAUUAGGCUACAUGAUCACCAAAUGUAUGUCAAGACCUGUACACAGUAUAUUUUGUUCAGAAAUUAGUACAGAAAUGGGACAAGGCUCGUCAUUAGAUCCUGGGACAUUAGUUCUAACUGAUGAAUGAGGUGGUGCAAGACAGCUCAACCUCAUUCAUCAGUUGGAACUAAUGUCCCAGGAUCUAAUGAAGAGCCUUGUCCCAUUUCUGUACUAAUUUCUGAACAAAAUAUUCUGUGUACAGGUCUUGACAUACAUUUGGUGAUCAUGUAGCCUAAUUUUGUUAAAUUAAUACUCCAAGCUCUAUAACCACAAUAGCUUAUUUUUGAUUGGUUUGACUUCUUACAUGGCGUCAAUUGAGUGCUGCUUAGAAAACAAGUUACUACCUAAAUGGGGUGCCACUAGGGCACUACUCCUCGAACCAUAACUUCGUGUUAGUUGUGAUGCUUGGAGUGUUCCUUUAACUUGCGCAUAUUAACACUGGCUAAAUGAACCUAUUUCGGAUCUCAUUUCCUGGCAACUGGCAGGAAAUCUACUAAUCUAUGGAUUUUUUCACAGCUUUCUUCUUUUACCUCAGACGGUCCAAUUUUAUUAUUUUAUGUAUUACAUUUUUAUAUUUGUUUAUAUUCUUUAAAACAACAACUCAAAGAAAAUGAUAUAUCUCCUGUUUAACCAGUGUGCAAUUAUAAAUAAAAAAUAACAAGUAAAGUAUAUUUUAAAUAUAAAUAUUGUCUUCUAAUUUGAAUUUACCUCUAUAUAUAUUUGUGCAUUUUUUUUAUUUAAUUUUUUUUUUUAAAGAAAAAUUGUUUCUUUUAUGUCGCUAUAUUUGUCUCUCCUCCCAGUUAUAUUUAGUGAUUUGGGAUUUCCAUCCUUUGUGUUUCAGUUUGUGGAGACAUUCAUGGGCAGUUUUUUGACCUGAUGAAGUUGUUUGAAGUGGGUGGAUCGCCAGCUAACACAAGAUACCUCUUUCUGGGGGACUACGUAGACAGAGGUUAUUUUAGUAUAGAGGUAAACCUUUUAUCUGAACCUGUUUGCAUAGUUAUCAUGUGAAUUCCACACUAUGAAAUCUAACGCUUCAUUUAAAAUAAUUGUUUGAAGAAUCAGGCCCUGCUCGCUAGUGAAUUUUUCAGUGGCCUUUAGAGUGUAGGAUGUGUGUAAAGUGUGUUAGGAAUUUUUUUUAUUUUAUUUUUUUUGCUUUUUUUUUCAAUUCUAUAACUUAAUCACGACAUUGAACUUUUUGGGAUAGCUUUUUUUGUGGGUAACCCUGUUUUGGGGGGACUAGUGCAAUGGGUGAACAGCUAAAAGAAUGGGUUAUGGUCUUCCCAGUAUAGUUAGGGGAGAGCAAAGUUUGUACGCAAGUGUAAAUCAUUAAAAUGUACUGUGUGGUUUCACAACUGGAAAAUUGUCAACAUUAUAAAAGAGUUUUUCACAUCAUGUACUUUUAAUUUCUGUUUUUAUUCACUAAAUGGUGAAUUGUAAUUACCCUUGUUAAACUUAAAUAACCAAUUUAGAGAACAUCUGCUUUUUUGUAUUUAUUGAAUUAGAGCUUUUUGUAAAUUUAAUAUAUUACUGCAAUUAUACAUUUGUUUUAUUAAAUUGCAUUCAUUUGUUUUGUUUUACAGUGUGUGUUGUAUUUAUGGGUUUUAAAGAUCUUGUACCCCAACACUCUUUUUCUUUUGAGAGGAAACCAUGAAUGCAGGCAUCUUACAGAAUAUUUCACUUUUAAGCAAGAAUGUAAGUAUAUUCAGCAUUUUGCAAUUUUAAAUAUGUUUCCAAAUGGUAGAAGUACAAACACUGAUGGAAGUUUAAUAUUAAAGGGGACAGUUUCAUGUGCAAAAAUACUGUCCUGGUAGACUGACCGUUCUAAACUUUGCCUUUUUCCUGAGGGAAAAAACGUUUACAUUUGUCUUUAAUGCUACCUCUAGUGUCUGUCACUCAGAACAGCCACUAGAGGCAUUUCCUUUUGCGGUCCUACAACCUUUGCAUGACCAAUGUCAUCUUAUCCCGCAUUGAGACACUGAAAAUUCUCUAUAGAGAUGCAUUUAUCUAAUGCAUUUCUACAAGGAGAAGCUGACUGGAGAAGAGCAACAAUUGCCACGCACAUGCACUAGCCCCAGUUUGCGUCCCAAUGAGGAAGCAUUGGAUUGGCUCAGGUCAUCAGUAAUGAUCGCAACUGGAGCAGGGGUCAUGGCGAAGUCUCAAGGUAAGUAAAUGUUCUUUAUUUUUUAGUUACAGAAGGAGCUGAAGUAGAUUGGUGAAAACUUGAAAGGGACACUACAGUCACCAGAACAACUACAGCUUAUUGAAUUUGUUCUGGUGAGUAGAAUUAUUACCGUCAGGCUUUUUGCUGUAAACACCGUCUUUUCAGAGAAAAAGCAGUGUUUACAUUACAGCCUAGUGAUAACUUCACUGGCCACUCCUCAGAUGUCUGUUAGAGAUCCUUAAUGGGUCAUGGCUGCCUAAAAUGCAUCCAAACAUUCAGUAUCUCCUCCCUCUGCAUGCAGACACUGAACUUUCCUCACAGAGAUUCAUUGAUUUAAUUCAUCUCUAUGAGGUGAUGCUGAUUGGCCAGGGCUGUGUUUAAAUCAUGCUGGCCCUGCCCCUGAUCUGCCUCUUUGUCAGUCUCAGCCAAUCCUAUGGGAAAGCACUGUGAUUGGAUCAGGCUACCACUUCUCAUGAUGUCAGCAGACUGCAUGUUUUUCUGAGGCAAACCGCAUGCAGAUCUACAGCUUCAGGCUUGAAUACAGUAAGAGUUUGCUAUAUUUAUAGAGGCAUGAGGGGCCCAGGGGGGCUAGAUGGUGGUUUUAACAUUAUAGGGUCAGGAAUACAUGUUUGUGUUCCUGACCCUAUGGUGAUCCUUUAAAGACUUGUAAUAGAGGUUAUAUUGUUUUGUUAAUCAAAUAAUUGCCAUUUUUUUAAAGGACCACUAUAGGCACCCAGACCACUUCAGCUUAAUGAAGUGGUCUGGGUGCCAGGUCCAGCUAGGGUUAACCCUUUUUUUUUUUUUAAAUAAACAUAGCAGUUUCAGAGAAACUGCUAUGUUUAUGUUAGGGUUAAUCCUGCCUCUAGUGGCCGUCUCUUGACAGCCACUAGAGGCGCUUGCGUGCUUCUCACUGUGAAAAUCUCAGUGAGAGGACGCCAGCAUCCAUAGGAAAGCACUGAGAAUGCUUUCCUGUGGACUCGCUGAAUGCGUGCACAGCUCCUGCCGCCCAUGCGCAUUCAGCCGAAGAGGAGGAGGAGAGCUCCCCGCCCGGCGCUGGAAAAAGAGGUAAGUUUAACCCCUUCCUCUCCAUCCAGCCCGGCAGGAGGGGGACCCUGAGGGUGAGGGCACCCUCAGGGCACUAUAGUGCCAGGAAAACAAGUAUGUUUUCCUGGCACUAUAGUGGUCCUUUAAAGCUUUUUUUGUAACUUUUAUUUAUAAAUGGGUACUAAUGAUGAAAAAAUGCAUCUUAUAGAGCAUCAUGCAAAUGAAGGUAAGGAUGCACAGUGUUUUAAAAUUAAAUAUGUGCCUUAACUCAUAAAUGUGUGUCCUCACACUAUGCUCUUGUAAUUGGAUGCAGCGUUUCUUGUGAUAUUUAAUAUCAACAUGAUAUUUUAUUAUCUGCACCACAAAUAUAAAAAAGCCAUUGUUUUAGCACUCAAUGAUAAUUAGAAAUACCUGUCCCUAUCAUUCACUGACCAUAAUUGCACAAUAUUUUAAGAGCAUAGAGAUAUUUUGUUUUAUUAAAUGGACACUAUAGUCACCAGAACAACUAAAGCUUAUUAUAGUUGUUCUAGUGAGCAUAAACAGUCCCUGCUGGCAUUUUCAUGUAUACAGAAAAGACAGUGUUUAAAUUGGCUCCUAGGGACACCUCCAGUGGCCACUCCUCAGAUUGCCACUGGAGGUGCUUCCUGAGGCAGUGCUGGAGAUGCUGAACUUACCUCAUAGAGAUGCAAUUAUUCAAUCCAUCUCUAUGAGGAGGUGCUGACCCUGCCACGUCCCGCCUCCUUGCAAUCUCAGCUAAUCCAGGAAUGGCUGAAAUCAUCAAUUCUGAUGAUGUCAGCCAAGGUGGCGGAUCAAGGGCAGGGCCAGCUCCAGCGACCCGCGCAUCGAUGAAAAUAAGGUACGUUUUAUUAACUUUUGAGGAGGAAGGAGGGUAAGCCACCUAAAUGGUGGUUUCAACACUAUAGGGUCAGGAAUACAUGUUUAAAGUUGCAAUGUCUACAGUGUAAAUAUGUGGUGGUGGUGGUGGUUGUGUGUUUUUUUUUUGUUGUUUUUUUUUAUGAUGUCUUUCUCCUUAGGUAAAAUAAAAUAUUCUGAGAGAGUCUAUGAAGCCUGCAUGGAAGCUUUUGAUUGUCUUCCGUUAGCUGCACUUUUAAACCAACAGUUUCUUUGUGUUCAUGGGGGACUUUCCCCCGAAAUACAUACGUUAGAUGACAUUAAGAGAGUGAGUAUACUUCACCUUUUCAUGUGUGGGAAUAUAUAUAUAUUAUUUUUAUUAAUUAAAAAAAAUGGAAAACAAAUGCCACUAAACUAUACCCUACAAUUAGGGGUGUAGGCAAUCUUUAUCACUCCAGGUGUUGUGGACUAAAUCUCCCCUGAUGCUUUGCCCAGAUUAUGUCUGUAAGAGCAUGAUAGGAAAGGUUGCCUACCCCUGCCCGAAUAUUUGUUUAUUAAUACAAUAAACAAAUUCUAUCAAUAUGUUUUUUAUGCAUAUUGUAGGAAUUUGGUUGUGCAAUGUUAAAAGUUUUUCCUCUAUAAAGAUAUGUAAUUUAUUUCCAUGACAUGUACAACUCAAAAAUAAUACAUUUAUUUAUUUAGAUUAUUUUUUAAUGUUGCUGCUUAUUGAAAAAGACAGACGCUUUUAGAUGUUUUUAUCAUGUUUUUAACAUGUUGGGAUAGUUGGGUCUACACAAUUUGUGGCAUUUGUCCUGCUUGGUUUAUAAACAUUAAUUCCUUGUAUAAAUGUGUAACAUUGUAUGAAAUCAAAUGGGUUCUCAAUGCAAAAUAAUUGCUAGUGUCGUGUGCUGGUUAUGGAGCACAGGGUUCUCUUGCCACUCUCUUUAAUAUCCCGCUAUAUAGGAACAGUUUUUCAUAAACGAAAAGGUCUCCCUGGUGCUGAGGGCCUGCCUCCAUCUCCGCUGCAUUGGUAAUGCAAUUGAUCAUUUCCAUAUUACUGGUGUCGAUUUUGUCCACCCUGAACGAUAUUGAUUGGCUGAAUAUGAUGGGUGUGUUAGCCCACAGCUGUCAGCCUGUUAAUGCUUUCCAUGUUAGAUCGAAUUGAUAAUGGUAAUGUUAAUUCUGCAUUAUCUGUGUUUACUGAGAACCAGAAAGAUCCUUGACUGAUGUCACAUCAUUCUUAAACAGUUUUAAAUUAAUUGGAUGGAUGCUUCGGGGGAACAUUUAUGUGCUUAGUGUUCAGCUUUAACCCAAGCAUAUGCCGUAAGCACCAGAUAUGACUCGCUUAAUUCCUUCCUUUCAUCCUUAAUACAGUUAGACAGGUUCAAAGAACCUCCUGCAUUCGGUCCAAUGUGUGAUUUGUUAUGGUCAGAUCCUUCAGAAGACUUCGGAAAUGAAAAGUCACAAGAACAUUUCAGCCACAAUACGGUUAGAGGAUGCUCUUACUUCUAUAGGUAUAUUCCCAUUCUUUCAACCUCACAGUUACUCAAGUGCAAAUAGAAAACAUUUUGUAGUAUUGAUUUUCAUUUAUUCUAUUUACAGCUACCCUGCUGUCUGUGAGUUUUUGCUGACUAAUAAUUUGCUGUCAAUCAUUAGAGCACAUGAAGCACAGGAUGCUGGGUAAGAACAUUAAUAAUAACUUAAGUGUAUUCAUUAUAACCCUCAUGUAUUUUAUUUAUGUAUUUUUAUUUUUUUUAUUUUAUUUCAAAGUUACCGAAUGUACAGAAAAAGUCAAACGACUGGAUUUCCUUCGUUAAUAACGAUAUUUUCAGCACCUAAUUACUUAGAUGUCUACAAUAAUAAAGGUAAAUUUUUGCUGCUCUGAUUUAGUUAUUUCUUUACUUGUCAAUCAGAGUCAAGUAUAUGUUCUAGAAUUUUUCUAGUUUCCCAGAGGCAACCUGCUAAAUGUUCUCUGGUUUCAUUAGCAUUUUCUUUAAUAAGCGGUCUUUAAACACUCCUCGCGAGAAGCGCAUGAGGUGUUCUGUUGGUCUGCGGCUGCCAUUGUCUAUUUAGUAGUUUGUCUUUUGAUUUCACUGAGAGGGUGUCCCUGUUUGUUUGAUUUGUUUUCUGAAGCCAUGCUAUUCUUUUUUUUUUUUUUUGGCAAAUCCUGUAUAACUAAAAGUAUUGCUGGCAUCAAAACAACUAGCCUUUUCAGAGGCCAACAUAAUAUUGAGAAAUAUGUGCAUGGCGAGCUCUUAUUUAAAUAGGCAAAUAAAGUUCAAGCUAUGUGCAGUAGUAGGGAAAUCACCAUAACUUAAUAAAAUUGUAUUGAAUAUGAAGUCAUCUUUGUGGUCAGAAUAUUUUUACACUCCAUACACUCUAUUCAAUCUUGCAUGAAUGCAGCUGUGUCCAUUACAUUCUGUAUUCAUGAGCCAUUCAAGCAAAUGUGCAUGCUUUAAUUUGUAGUGUAAAGAUUCUCCCUUGCACUUGCUAACAAUUUAACGUUUAACCUAUAGACAGCGCUAGCAAUCAUCUUCGAAGAACCAUCUUCUAAUUUUAGCAUACCAUGCAUAAUGUUUAUUUAAAAUGGUAUGACAUACUUCAACAACUGCUGGAUUACCACAUGUUUGGCUUUAGGGCCCCUUCAUUAAUAUUGAUGCUUUAUUACGUCCUGGUAUCUUGCAUUUCUUGAGAUCAAAUAUUUCCAAACCAAUCUUUGGUUUAGUAGUCUUGUUAUCCUUUUUUUGAGUAUAAGAAUAUAUUAAUGUAGGUUGCAGUCUUGAGUUCACACAAAUAUAGUUAAAGCCUAUCUGUCACCUUUGCAAUUCUUUACAUGUUUUGAGAGAUCUGACAGAUCUGAUGUGGGUCUUGUGGCCACGCAGUGCACGGGAGGUAAGGUUUAUUUACUUGAGUCUGUGCUUCGCAGCCGUGGCCAUCUUCAUCCUGGUUUCCCUUCAGCUCCUGGAGCUUCUGUUACCAGGAGCCAUGUCAGUGCUAUAUUGCCGCGCAUACACGAGUGUACAACACUGAAGUGAAUGCAGGAUCUCAUGGGACUGCGGGAUCUUCCAUCGACAGAGCCUGAAUUACACAGGUGUUAUUUGUGACUUCUACUGGAAUCGGACAAAGUUUUGUCUACUUUUGUUGUUUGUUUUUUUUUUUUCAAACCCAUGUUGUCCUAAGUAUGUUGAAUUAGAAUGCUACAAAAUUAGAAUGUUCCUAUGUAAUAGUUGUAUGUACAGGUAUAAUUAUUUGUAGUAUAGACACAGAUUUUCCAUUGUAAAACUUUUCUUCCAAGAUCACUUCUAAAGUAAAAGGGACAGUGAUAUGAAAUUAACAUUUUUGGGCCAAAAGAGUUGAAAUUAUUUCUUUACAUUGCAGCUGCUGUUUUAAAGUAUGAAAAUAAUGUGAUGAAUAUCAGACAGUUCAACUGCUCACCACAUCCAUACUGGCUGCCCAAUUUCAUGGACGUCUUCACAUGGUCGUUGCCGUUUGUUGGAGAAAAAGGUACAGUUGUAGUUUACUGUAGUAUUUGAAAUUGUCUUUCAUUUUCCACGGAAAGAUUAACUUGUGAACAUAUAUUCUAUAUGGAUGGAAAUAUGUGGACACCUAACCAUCACACCUAUGAGAUUGCUGGACAUUCCAUUCUUAAACAUUUCCACUUGCUACUAGCCAUGCAGUGAAUAAACAUUUAGCCCUGGUGUGUAGAAAUUCACCCCACUGAGAGUGCCAUAGGGUAACUUUUAAAAGCUUAGAUAGCAUAAAAAAUGAAAAUGUAAGCCCUUUUUUAUUAAAUUAAUAAUUUUAUCAGAUAUUAGUGGCAGUUUUAAAGCAUCUAAUUACUAUCUUAAAGUCAUUGCAAACAUAUUAAAAAAUGAAAAAAGCUGAAAUAUCACAUAAGUAUUCAGACUAUUAAAGUGGUCUGGGUGCCAGGUCCCUCUAGUUUUAACUCCAUAGCUGAAAACAUAGCCGUUUCAGAGAAACUGCUAUGUUUACAUUAGGGUUAAUCCAGCCUCUAAUGGCUGUCUCACUGACAGCCAUUAGAGGCGCUUCCGCGAUUCUCACUGUGAAAAUCACAGUGAGAAGACGCUGGACGUCCAUAGGAAAGCAUUGAGUAAUGCUUUCAUAUGGGCUGUUUGAAUGCGCACGGCUCUUGCCGCGCAUGUGCAUUCGGAUCUGACGUCGGCAGGGGGUGGAGAGUUAACCAGCACAGAGGGAGCCCGGCGCUGGAGAAUGGUACGUGGCUGAAGGGGGACCCUGAGGGUGGAGGGGACCUAAUGACCCUAUAGUGCCAGGAAAACAAGUUUGUUUUCCUGGCACUUUAGUGCUCCUUUAACUCAGUACUUAGUUAAUGCACCUUUGACAGCAAAUUACAGCCUCAAGUAUUUUUGGGGUAGGAUGCGACAAGCUUUGCACACCUGAUUUGGAUAGUUUCUGACUUCUUUUCUUCAAACUCUGUCAGCUUUGUCAUUUUCAGCUGAUUUGGGUUCAAGGUUGUGUUACUCAAGGACCUAAGCCUUUCUUGUGUUGCCUUGCCUGUGUGCUUAGGUUUAUUGAUCUGCAGUGCAAAUUUCAAGCAAGCAAGCUUUUAUAUGCAUGACUGCUUAUUUCUCUAAACUGAACCUGUCCAAAACAGAACUUCUGGUCUUCCGUCCCUCAAGUGUUGUUACUCCCUUGCCUGUGUCCCUCCAAGCCAAUAGCGCUACCAUCUUCUCUACCUCUAAGGCUCGCUGCCUAGAUGUUCUCUUUGACUCCGACCUCUUCUUCACCCCUAAUGUCCAAUAAAUCGUCAAACCCUGCCGCAUCCGACCCUAUUUAACGCCUGAUGUGACAAAGGUGCUUGUCCGUGCCGCUGUCCUCUCGCCUUGACUACUGUAAUCCACUUCACACAUGGUCUUACAUGUUCCCAACAUGCCCCGUUACAGUCUAUAAUGAAUGCAGCGACAAGGUUCAUCUUCAUGUCGGCCCGCACCUCCCACGCCUCCCUCCUUUGUCAGACCCUACAUUGGCUUCUCGUAAGAUAUAGGACUUAAUUUAAGAUUCUGAUACUUGCCUACAAAUCUCUACACAAUGCUGCUCCGACCUACUUAUCCUCACUAAUACACAAAUAUGUCCCAUGAAGGCCCCUAUGCUCUGCCGGAGACCUACGUCUAGCCUCUGUGAGUACUCCUACCUCAGAUACUCACCUUAAAGGCUUCUUUAGGGCUUCAACGUUCCUAUGGAAUGCCCUUCCCCUCUCUGUUAGACUUUCACCCAAUCUCCACUACUUCAAAAAAUCUUUGAAAACUUACUUCUUUAGGAAAGCAUAUCAAUUAAACUGUGAACAGCUUUUCCUCCUUGCACCCUGAUUCCGCUCCUGCAACUGUCAUCAAAACAAUAGACUAAAUCCUCAAUGAACGCUAUUCUAGCAACCUACUUUUCUAUCCUACCCUUACCUUUUGUAUCACAUUACCCCACUCCCUCUAGCAUGUAAGCUCAUUGAGCAGGGCCCUCUGUUCCUGUGUGUCCAACUCGUCUGGUUACAGACACGUGUCUGUUAGUCUACCCAUUGUACAGCACUACGGAACUUGCUGGCUCUUUAUAAAUAAUAAUAAUAUGCCUUGCAGUGAGGAGAAACUUCCGUUUGGCCAGUAUGCCAUAAAGGCCAGAUUGGUGGAGUGUUGCAGUGAAGUAUCCUUCCACAAGUUUCUCCCAUCUCCACAGAUGAUCUCUGGAGCUCACCCAAAGUAACCAUAUUGGUCACCUCUCUUACCAAAGCCCUUCUCCCCAGAUUACUCAGUUUGGCCAAACAGAGUCCUGGUUGUUCCAAACUCCUUCUAUUUAAGAAUUGUGGAGGCCACUGUGCUUUCACUGUCAAUGCCGCCAAAUUUUUUGUAGCCUUUACAUAGGUCUGUGCCUUGACACAAACUUCUCCCUAAGCUCUGCGGGAGUUCCUUUGGCUUGUUUUAUUCAUCUGUAAUGCUUUAACAAAGGUGAGACCUUAUACUGGCAGGAGUUUGCCUUUACAAAUUAUAUCCAACCUAUUGAAUUUGCCACAGGUGGACCUAACACAAAGCGAAGAAACAACUCAAAUAUAUGAGAUGCAUUAUUAUUAUUUAUAUAGCACCAACAAAUUCUGCAGCCCUGUACAGUGGUUGGACUAACUAACAUAUAAUUGUAUCCAGGCAAGUUGGACACACAGGAACAGAGGGGUUGAGGGGCCUGCUCAAUAUCAAUGUAACAUUUCAUUUAUUUCUUUAUUUUAGAAAUGUCAACAACAAAAAAGUAUUAUUAUUAUUAUCAAGUGUAGAUUGUUGUGGCAAAAAAUAAUUUAAACAAUUGUAGCAUUAGGCUGCAAUAAAAAUGUGAAAGAUCACCCUAGCAGACACCCCACCUGUGUCCACAAGACAUCCUAAUAUAAAUCUGCACUAUAAUGUAUAUGUUUAUCAUACCACAUAGUCUCUCUCUAGUGUACAAUAAGGCCAUGACCCACUAUUUUAACCGCAAGACCUAAAGACAGUCUCACACUCUGCCUCACCUUAAAGGGAGAUGUUUUGUUUUCUUAUAGAAUGUUUUAUAACUCGUUAUAAUCUCUAACUGCACAGCGCUUCUUUUGUAAUAACCACCCCCGGUGACAUAACAUGGUAGACACGCCCCGGGGCUUUACCGCCUAGCUCCAUCCAGAGCAUAAGACAAGGGAGGCAGCACAAGUUCUCCCAUGCACGCAAGCUUUCUCCCGUGCCCAAAGCUGACAUUGCGCCUGCUAGUGUCAGGUUCGAUACGAUGACAGUAACUCCACUACAUCAGCCCCGUAGCGGACCUGGCACCCCUUAUGGGUAGAUCAGGUUCAUUUGGCCUCUUCUAUUAGCGGAUAAUUAACGUGGCAGUUCACUACUAGGGCACAAAGUUAUAACCUGCUAUAGAGGUUUUCUUACAAACCAGGCACUAACUCUCAGUGAUGUUCAAGAUACCAUGCCUUCUUUAAGACCCAUCCAUACACCUAUCCAUGCUCAAUCCACUAAUACCUACUAGAUCGCCUAUUCCUCAGGCUUAGAAUGUGCCUGCUUUCUUAAUUCUUGCUAGCCAAGCAUGUUUUCUAGCAUUAAAUGUAUUUCUUUUACUUAGAAAUCAACAAGCACUUCACUCAUCAUGUUCAUGCAGCUUCCUGUUUAAAACGUUAAGCUAGCAAACUUCAGGACCCUUAUAAUUGCCUAAGAUUUACAGGCACUUUGUUUCUGAACCACACUUACGAUACAUCCUAAACGUAGCCAGCUUUGGUCUCAGGCUCCUUGUGCCCAUCAGUUAAUCAUGCCUACUUAGCCUGUUUAUAAUCAUGCCUACUUAGCCAUAAAAUCUGUGCAAACUGUGUCUAUGUCAUGACUAUGUAAACCUAUGCAUAUUGCCAAAACGCUUGCCCAUGCUGUUGUGGCAUCGUAAGCUCAUAUGUAUUGUUCUUGCACAGCAAAAAUAAAGAAUUAAAAAAAAAAAUGUGAAAGAUAUGAAGGCAUUAUGAAUAUUAUGGAUAUAUGAACUUUUAGACAUGCCCUACAUGAUUACAGUUUUACCUAUACAUUGUUCUAGCCAAGUUUGCAUUUGUAUAGCUGAGUUACACAUUUAAAUAACUUUACAAUAUUACAAAAUAAUUAAAUUGCUUUUCUUUUUUUUUAUUGAUUUCACUGCUUUUUUGCACUUUCGAGUUUGCUUCAAUAUAAAAUGCUACAUGUUAAUAUAUAUGAGGUUGAUGAAAUGUGCAUUCUUCCUUCACCUGUCAUGUGACUUUAAUCAAACUGUUUAUAUUUCUUUAUUUGCUUUUGCAAAAACAGUAACAGAGAUGUUGGUGAAUGUUUUGAGCAUCUGCUCUGAUGAUGAACUCAUGACAGAGGGAGAAGAUCAGUUUGACGGUAGGAUCAUUUUAUUACACAAUUUUUUCAGUUUAUUUUGUAUACAUUUUUGCCCAGCACGUACUUAUUGUUAGUGCCAGGCAUUGUCCAAUUAAGUACUUCUGAAAGAUAAAGAUUAAGAACAAAUCUCCUGUCCAUAGCUUCUCACAUGAAGAUUUAGAGAUUUGUGUAACAAAACAAAAAAAAAGAAAAAUCAUACUUUUAGGCUGUAUUUUUAUGUGUCCAUUAAAAUGAUGACUUGCUAGAAAGUGUGUGUGUGUGUGUGUAUAUACCCAUUGGAUGAUGUAGAUUGGAGUUAUUUUUCAUAUAAGCUUUUUAGCAAGCAGUUGCCAUUACAUAAGAAGUAUAUUAAACCCCCACCAGACUCAGCCAGCUUUCCAUUGAGCAUAAUAGUCUAGCAGGGGUAGGCAACUUCUUCCACUCAGUUUCAUGGGACAUAACCUAGAAAGAGCAGAAAUCAAAAUCCAGAAUCUAUUUAUGGGUAUGUUUUUUUUGUUAUCAGAUCCUGUCCAAUACAUUUAGUGUUAGGCUGUUAUGAGUGCUGACAUUAGAUGCAAACAUUGUACGAAAGUGACCUGAUAUAUUACAAGCCAGGAAGAGAGUAUUUCAACCGACUGGUUGAUUUGGGAGGGGUGGGGGUAUUUAUAUCUGGAGUUAAACAUUUUUAAAAUGAAAAUCUACAGGGGCAGGGCUUUUGCACUAUAACCACUCUAGUGGUAUGAAGUGAUUAUGGUGCUUAAAGUAACCCUUUUCAACAUUAUUUUUAAAUUCAGCUACAUAACCUUUUCCAACAAAAUUGCAAUUUCCCAAAAAAAUUCCUUUUCAUAUUUCCUGAGAAAUAAGCCUGAUUGUCAGUCAGGUUCUAUGAAUUGUGAAUCGACUCAUUUACCAACAACUGCUACCAUUAUUGCAGUUAAAGAGAAAAAAAAAUCAACAUUUCAGUUAUGGCAGUUACCUAUUUUUGACUGAUACAUCUUUUUUUCUUUCUUCUUUUUUUUGUGUAUUUCUAAAAGGCAAAGACAAAUUUGCUUAUCUGAAUUUAGAUGCCUCCAUGAAUUGUUUUUUUCUCCCCGUUGGCUAAAAUGCUUCACACUGUGCAGUGUCUUCACAUGUUGCUUGUGUUUAGGGAAAAUAAUCACAUCCAGAUCUCAUCCAUUUCAUCUCCAUUGCUUUUUGCCAUAGUGUACCAGAUAAACCACUUCUUUGUUUUUAUUUUUUUUAAUGUUCUGGCUUUAAAGUAAAGUAGCAAAUAUAAUGUCAAAAAUACUCUAAACCGGUGGUUCCCAAACCAGUCCCCAAAGCAUCCCUACCAGUCCAGGAUUUAGGGAUUACCCAGUUGUGUGUGUUUUUUUUUCAUCUGCCUAAAAAAAAAAAACCAACUGGGUAAUCCCAAAAUCCUGGAUUGGUAGGGAUGCUUUGAGGACUGGUUUGGGAACCACUGCUCUAAACUGAGAUAUUAAACCACUAAAUAAAAGUAAAAGGACAUCAGUGCAGUGUAGUAGGUUAUUCAAGUUUAACGGGCCACUCCAAACAUUAACUCAUGGGGGGAUAAAAUCACUUUUUAGUAGAUAUAUCCCCAAUAAAUACAUGCAUGCGUUUUUAAUACAUUUAGUCAUUGGGGGGUCUUAAAGAGUCUUAAAAGAGUUUGCAAACCUGCAGUUCUUAUGAACUGCAGCCUGAGCAAGCUCUCCUCUUUUUCCCCAAAUGAGACUUAUACCCAUUGAGAAGUCUCUGAAACUAUGCUCCUUGACCAGACAGAAAGCUGGUCUGAGAGUCAAGUAUGUGAGGUGAGGCAGAAAGUAAAACUCCCUCGCUGUUUGACAGCCAGGGGGUGUUUCAUUAAGGGAUUAUAAAGUGCCAAUGUCUCAUAGAAGUCCGCACUUGUAUGGAAUGGCUUUUUAAUGGGAUAGUCCUCGCCCAUAAUGCAAGUUCUGGGGUUUAGAUUUGCCUUCUGUUCUGCAUGGACAGAAUUGCAAAGCAGCUAAAGAAGGAGCAGGGAAUGCGAAAGCACAGUUUUUGUUUUUUUAAAAUCUUGGAGUUCAACAAAAAGGGACCGUAUCCAUAGACCUCUGUCACUAUAACUACUACUAGUGAAAAACACUAUUGUUUCUAUCAAUUAUUAGUCCAGUUUGUAAUCUAAGCUUAACCGCUUAGGAUGAUAUAAAUAGGAAAACGCAUUGUAUGUCCAGCCAAAUGCUAUGUACAGUUAUAGAAAUGAAGUAUACCAACUGUGUGGUACUAUUUUAUUUCCUUCUAGUCUAUAUAAACUUAUAUGAAAGUCUUUUUGGUUUUUUAGCCAAUUGCUUUGUGUGGUUUUCUAUUCAUCUCUUGUGGAUUUUUUUUUUUUUUUUUUUAAUACACUCCCAUUUCAGCUUUUCUUCUGCUUCAGUAUUCUUUUACACUGAUAUUAUAGAUAGCUCUCUCUUCUGUUUUAUAUCUCUGUGUGAUAUAUAGUUUAUUUGAUAUUUUUCUGUUUCUAUAGUUAAUGCAAACUUGACAAAAUAUUAAUUUAUCAAAGUAUUAUGCUUGAAUUCAAUUACUUUCAUAAUUUGUGGCCAAAAUAUAGCACUAAUGAUAUAAAAACCCAUCAAGGACAAAGAAAAGGCGCUCCCGCACAUUAGUUUGGAAUAUGCUCCAAUAGCUGGUUUCUAUUCUGAGAUGUCCUUAUGGUGGCAUAACUGAAUGAAGCUAUUCUAACUCUCAGUAUUUAGCUUAUUAAGAGUGAUACUAAUGGACACUUUACUUCAGAAUUCCUAUUAGAGAGUAACAUAGUUUUCCUUCCACUCCUCCCUGGCAGCACUAGAUAGGUGAACAAUAUAAUACAAUGCAAGCUACCAAACACAGGUACAAUUAAACGAGCACCCUUUAUUCAUGUAUCUUUCCGCUAAAUAGCUGUAUGAAAUUCAUUAAUCGCAGACAGUUUCUCAUUGACUGACCAAGGAUUUCCACUUCAUAAAUGUAAUUCUUCAUCUAAUCUUCUCACUAUAACCCUUUUUCACACAAAGAUUUUUUUUUUUAGCUAAUAAUGCCCUCUAAUGGGAAGGGGACGGCACCCUUACACUUUACUCGCAAUGAGCAUUUUUUUUUUUCUGUUAAGAGUUUAAAUACCCUGUUUAAUUCCAUAUAUUUAAAGUUCUUGAGUUGCAGCUUUGCCCAAUCUUUUCCCCUUUUUAUUUUCUGUGUGUCUUUCCACCUUCAUUCUUGCCACUGCCAAGUAAAAUAUCUUUUAUUUUUUUAUUUGUCUCACUCACCUAUUUCUCCAUCGUUCACUUCCUUUUUUUCUGGACUCUCCAUCUGAAGAACGACUCAUAUAUGGCAAUAAGAAAGGUACAGACCAGACAGAGCUCCAUUGUUUUGAAAUAUGACUUCUUACUUUUUUGAAGUUACUACACAACACACUUAAAGUGAUGUUUACUUGUGAUAUUUUAAUUUUUUUGUUUCUCCAUAUAGAAUUAUUUAUUUUUAAUAAUGUUGAUCGCUCACAUGUUUACCACGAGCAUCUUAAUGUAAUAUUUGUGUUUUUGCACCAUUAUGAAGUCAUAUUCCUAGACAUCUGUCUUUCUGUGCAUGACAAUUUUCCUUCCAUUCUUUUCAUCUGUAAAUUUCCAUCUUCUGUAACUGUAUCUGUUUCUAACAUCCCAAUUACCUGUCCCUGCAUGAAAAGGGAGCAUUUCAUUUGUCUGUCUUCUGCGUCAUUGUGUUAGUAUUGGCAAUUUUCAUUUACAAAUGUGCAUGUAAACUGUUUUGAAUGUUUAUGUUGAGUUUUUAGGUCAUUACAAAAGAAAAAAACCAGAGGGUUUAGUGAUAAUGGUCUAUCUCCCAGGUGUUAAAUCCAGUCUUCAACUGUUUCUUUUGAGCAUUUAGAGGUGUUUCCCAGUCUGACAUAACGGGGGAUAAAUGCAUCCCUAAUUUGCUGGUUAAGUAAACCAAUUGAUUUCUUUAUGCAUGUGCUAGAAUUAAAGCAAAUUCCUUAAUCCUAGCCUACUUGGAACACUUGAGGACUGGCAUGUUGAGGCCCUCUGGUAGCCAGUAAAUUUUUAUUUUAACAGAUGUGCAAAGCACCGAUUGGCCAGUUACUUGUUGUGUUACUGGUUGUGUUUUGUGAUCUUUAAAAGGAAGGUUUUGCAUCUGGUACCGUAGAAGAGUUUUGCUGCAAACAUUCUGCUCCAAUGCUUUUAAUGGCUCAUGGUUCCCGUUUAAUCCCCUCAUUAAAAAUUAAAUACAGUGCUUUGUUCAUAAUUUGGGCAAUUUACUGUCACUCACCCGCUUAACAUGUGAAGUGAUCAUGGCAAUCUCUGUACUAAUCUUAUUUAGGUAUCAGCAAUAUCAUCUUUCCAUAAGGGCCUUUGCCUGUUUAUGUAAUGCUAAUUAUAAUAUGAGAUGACUUAUUUAUUUAUUUAUAGAAAAUACUGAAGCUAAUUUUAGAUAUAACUGAUCAGAUCAACUACCAGAAAUGAUGGUAUUGCAAGGAACCCACCACCAGAAUAUUCACUGCAGUCUUAUAUUGUUCAUACACAAUUGCCUGUAGCAAAAUUGAUAAGGAGAAUAACUCCUUAACACCAACUUUAAUUCAAUAUCUGUUACUGUUAAUACCACUAUCACAAAUGGACCUUUGUCAAAAACACAUUUAUACAUUACCGUUACUGCAGUUAAAACUUCAGUAUUUUGUUUUUAAUUGAAAGUGUCUCUGAACUUUUAUAAAUGCUCAUAAAGACAACUGUAGAAAAAGCAAAAUUAUAAAGUACAUCAUGACAGUGAAAGAAAAUUAGGAACAGAAACUGAAAAUGAUGUUUUUUUACAUGUGAAUCUGCAUCCUAAAUUGUGCAAAUCUACAUCCCACAGAAAACAAAAAGCGGGGGGAUAGGAAAAUAAAUUAAAAAGGAAGGGGAAUAGUGACCACAUUAAUCCAAAUGUUAUUAGGAUCAAGCCAAUAAGGUUUUGUUUUGCUUUUUUUACCGACCUGUUGGGGAAGAGCACAUUUUGAACCCUUGUAAAAACACUAAAUGUGGAAGUUAAAUGAAGUUGGCUAUUAACUUGAUGUGCAAUGUUUCCACUAGAAAACAAAGUACGGUAAUCACAACUGUGCUUGUACAAGCAAAGUGCUACCAUAGAAUGGGUCAAGCUAUGGACUCUCAUUGUGAAGCCUCCAAUAGAUUUGUUUUGGUGGUGGAUUCCAUAAAUCCUAGCUGGCGCUAUCAUUUGGCUCCAUUUAUACAAAUUGGGAAUAUAUCAGAUUGUGACAUUAUGAAAUUGCUUUGAGUCCCAGAGUCUUCAAAGGAAAAGACGUUUAAAGGAAGCCCUUAAAAUUUCACUUUCCUUUGAGCUAGAGAUUAAUGUGUCCUAAAUGUUCAUGUUUCAUUGUUAAAUAUUUAAUAUCAACCAGCAUCAUUUCCACAUCAAAAUCACAAUGCCAUCUUUCAAAAGCAGUGUAAAACAUUCAAAUCUAACUCUAUCAGCAGUAAAAAUGUGUAUUUAGAUAUUUUUACCUGUUACUUGCUGUGCUCAGAUUGUUAUGAUUAAGUCUGCCAUUUUGUUUUUAUUUUCUGUGCAUUUAAUAUAAGCUAUGCUAAGUUUGUGAACACAAACUUUUACAAGUGUGUAGUGUAGUGUUGUGCUGGAAUUAAUGUCAGCUUAAUAUUUGUUCUUUUUGUAUUUAAUAUUGUUUAUUCCCGAGCUUGAGAUUGUCCUUAUUCCAUUGAAAGUAGGUACAGCUGCUGCCCGAAAAGAAAUCAUCAGGAACAAAAUUCGAGCGAUUGGAAAGAUGGCAAGAGUCUUUUCUGUACUCAGGUAAAAUAUGUUUCUCACCUUGUUGCUGAAAUUAUAUUUGUAAUGCUGUAGAAUUGUAAGGCAACUAGUUUGUUGUAAAUGUGACAAAGCCGAAGAGCUGCCAUUUGCAAUGAUCAACAAAUUAUUAAAGUUUACACAAAUUGUCAGUCUUUCAUUCGGUUGUAUUAUGUGCACACACAGGUGCCCACAGAGAGCCUCUGGACUAGUGCCCACAGAUUUAUUUUUGUAAAAUAAGCAUGACUGAAAUUGUGCUCUGUUUGUAUGAGAUUACAGGUGGCUGCAUGUUUGAUAGCCAAUGUGUCCUAUAAGGUUCUAUGUUCCAGAAUAUUACAUAAAAUUGCAUAGUUCUGCUUGUGUCCUUAUACAGGCUGUUUAUCAAACAAUUAAAAAACAAAACAAAAAAAACAAACAGUUCAAUUCUGUUACAGUGUAAAACGCAAAGAUUUAAAUGUAAUUCAUUCAUUUAUACAUAACCUCGAGUGAACAGUAACCAAACGUUAGCAGAUCGGGGUCUAAUUGCCUUCUGUACAUUUUCCUCCACGGUAUGCAUACUGAUAAAAUAUCCAGUCCACUCACCUGGCACUGGCAGGCAAGUGGUCAUUAUUAAAUAUUAGGCCCUAAUGUUUAAUAAUGCCCACUAAACUACUUUAACUUGUAGAUAAUUUGAGGGACUGCCUUCCCAUUACAAAGGGGAUGGGGAGAAAAGAUUCCUGAUCCUUUCUACUUCCUGGUUAUUACUGGGCACUCAUCACCUUUUAGCAGCUCCUUUUUACAGCACAAUGGGAUGCUGAGGGCUAUCUGGCAAAUCACAGAUUUUAAAUUCCUUCCACCUUCACAUAGUACUUGCAAUAAUGGUCAUUCCAAGAUGGCCUCUUCUGUACUUUAAAACUGUCAGAUACCCUGUUUACAACAUCAUUUUGGAUAAAAUCCAGAUCCACUCCAGGUAGGGCAAAAAAAUAUUUGGCAUCCUAUACCAGUUCAGGAAUACAGUUUUGUUUUGUCAUUAUUCCUUCCUAAUUCCUCACUGCUACUAGUGAAGAAAAUUGCUGUACAGUAUGAGAGGCUGUGUCUCACACCAAAAGCAAAUUUUGGAGGAUUAGUUUUAUCUGUCCAUCAAAUCUCUAUCUAUCUAGGUUAGGUGAACAUAUCUGUUAAGAAUGUUGUGUUUAAAUGUAUGUAUGUAAAGUAAUACAUUGUGUCAUUGCCAGUUUCAUGACAGCCCAAGUCUGAUUAAUUAGAGAGUGUAUUGUACUGUUUACUUGUUUUCAGAAGCAGCUGUUGAUCUAAAAAAAAAUCAUCUUUAUUUUGCUUACCAAUAGAUGUAAGUUUCUUUUUGCAGUUAACGCCUCACUUCUGUGUUUACGAGCACCUCUAUUUAAAGGGACACAAUAGUCACCAAAACAACUUAAGCAUAAGGAGUUAAUUUAAAUUUUUGUAGAAUAUGUUCAUUUGAUAUAUUUGUGAAGUGCCAAUUGCAAAGUUAUCAUAGCUAUAUUAGAAAUGUUGUAUUGGUAAAUGAAUGUGCCCACCUUAGAAAUGGGAAAUAAAAACUUUUCCAAUUUAUAUUAUAAUCUGUUUGGGAAUUAAACAUUUGUUGUUUUUGGUCAACAUUAAAAUUGCCAAUAUGUUCCUCAUGUUUAAGAAUUGUUCAUUUAAUAGUAUUUGAAAACGUAGUGAGAGGUUAGCUAACUCCAUCGUGCUAUAUCUCUCCUUGGUGACUUACCUUGGAUUAUGUUGUUGAAUCAAACUCUUGAAAAGCCGACGUGGGAAUACACUAAAGAGCAUUCCUCUGCAUCUGUUAUGAGCAGUGUAAACUGUGAGAAUGGAUCAUUUUAUCAGCAAUGCCUCUGAUUGGUGGGUACAACUUUCAGGAAUGUCUGACAUGGUUCAGAGCUUAUCCUGAGAUCCUGCUGUGCAUGCUCUCCUUCUAUGGAUCUUAUCUCCAUUUAAUUUUUUUCAUAUUUUGCAUUAGACUUCCAAAAAAAAGACUCACAGUUGCUGUGGUUACUAUAUUUACUCUCUAUUCAGAAUACUAAGCAUGCAACGCAAACUUUUCUGUAGGAUUGUUCAUAAAGUAUUUAUACUGUAUAUUUUCAAAAUGUUGCAAUGUUGAAACAUUGUCUGAAAGAGGUUUUUGUAAGGGGCUAAAUUUAUUAUUGCUUGAAAUAUAGAUAAAGAGAAACAGACUUUGUCAACGGUAUUGAUUAUAAAAAUUAAAAAAAAAGUUUUUACUCAACAUGUUAUAUCUACAGAGCAAUCUUUUUAUAACCUUGUUAAUUGUAGGAGAUUUUAUUUUUGUUCUACCAUGUAUUUGCCUUUAGUUUGAGAUGGGGGAAAACACAGUGUAAAUAUUUAUAUCUCCAGUAUUCAUUUCUAUCUUUUGUUUUCCCUAAAUUUGAAUUUUCCAGCAUGGUAAUGCCACUUGAAUGUGCAAGAUAUUUUCCAAGAGAAUGUUUGCACUUUGCUUGCUCUCAAACCUUUUGGUUUAUGAUGAAUUAAGUUUAAAUUGGAAAUCUUGAAAUCCCUUAUUGCUGGUUUUACUUGCAUCUUUUCACAUGUUUUUGUAUUCGCUGAAUUUAAAAACCUUUUCUUAUUUCUGUAACUUUUUAAUUAGGGAGGAGAGUGAAAGCGUGCUGACACUGAAAGGCCUAACUCCCACUGGAAUGUUGCCUAGCGGGGUUCUGGCAGGAGGACGGCAAACUCUACAAAGUGGUAAUGAUGCACUGCUUGUUGUACCCCAGAUGGACUGGGGCACGUCGCAUUCCCUUCCCACUUCUGCACCUAAUGCAUGCUGGGAAUUUCUAAUGCUUAUAACGUUCAUGUCUUAGUGUCUAAUAUCAGCCAAUCGUGGUGUUAAUUUGCUAAUAACUUAAACCCCUACCAGGGUACAAGCAAAAACAAACUGGGCAAUGAUUCUCAACUGAGUUGUUAUGUGUUGCCCAUAAUUUAUCAUGAGCAAUAAGUGUAUUACCAAAAGCAAAAUCUCUAAAAUAUUAUGACCAAUAAAAAGUAUUAAUUAUUUUAUUGGUAUCCACAUUAUAUAAGUAAAAUAAUGGGGUGCGGGGUUCCUUUGCAUAUUUGCCAAUGUUGUGUUUUGUAUCCUGGUAAUAUCUGCCAAAUCUUCUUUGUUAAAUAAGCUCUGUAUAACUAACCUCUAAAAACUGCCUAUUUCACUGAUGUCUGAUCAUCUAGAAACCCCUUAUGUUGGUGAAACACAGUUCACACGAUGUUCAACCAAUUUAGGCAAACAUCCAGGGUGAUAGAAUCAUUUUCUUCCAUUUUGUUACUGUCCUCUGUUUGCUGCUGCUGCUACUUUCUAUUCAAAUUCUGUCUGUGUAGAUAUAUAGGUAUCUGUGUAAAUAUAUGUAUGUACUUGGCAAACUCCCUGAAACAGUGUGCCUUGUGUUUUACACCUAGCGUCUUGCUACAAGUUGUAUGCAAACUAAAUGUAUACAUAUGCUUUGUUGCAAAACCAUAUCUGAGGCUUUGCAAAAACUAACUUGUACAUAUAAAGUUCGAAGGCUUUUAAUUGUGCAUGUGUUCUUGCACCACAAUAAAGAACUCUAAUCAAAUAUAUGUACUGUAUAUACUAGCGUAUAGGCCGACUUUUUCAGCACAUUUUUUUUAUGCUGAAAAAGCUCCCCUCAGCUUAUACUCGAGUGAGCGCUUCCCGCGGGGGGCGCUAAAUUUAGGUGACCGGCAGGAGGGAAGCGCACAGCGCUCCCUCCUGCUGAUCAGUCAAUGUAGCGUGGCCGGGCGGCAUGGACUGUUGGACAGGAACUUCUGUUUCCUGUACCCGGCCGCCGGCGGAAUCACAGGAAGGGCUCACUCAGUGAGUGCUUCCCUUUAGUCUGCCUGCGGCCGGGUACAGAAAACAGAAGUUCCUUUACUGCGGUCCACUAUGCCCGGCCAAGCUACAUAGGUAGGACCGCUGAGGGGGAAAGGACCACUAAGGAGGUGGGGGGGAGAAGGGGGAAAGGAACCACUAAGGAGGUGAAGGGGAAAGGUACCACUAAGGAGGUGAAGGGGAAAGGUACCACUAAGGUGGUGAGGGGGAAAGGGGCCACUAAGGAGGUGAGGGGGAAAGGGGCCACUAAGGAGGUGAGAGGGAAAGGACCACUAAUGAGGUGGGUGGGGAGAGGGGGGAAAGGACCACUAAGGAGGUGAGGGAAAAGGACCAAUGACGAGGUGGGGAGGAGAAGGGGGAAAGGACCACUGAGGAGGUGGGGGGGAGAAAAGAAAAACAGCAACUUCUGUCUGUAAUGUGACUGUAACUCCCAUUAGUCAUGGGAUAAUCUAAAGCUUUGCAUUGCAUUUUAAUACCAGUAUCUGCUGCAUUUCCCACCCUAGGCUUAUAGUCGAGUCAAUACAUUUUCCCAGUUUUUUUAGGUAAAAUUAGGUGGGUAGGCCUAUACGUGAGUAUAUACGGUAAUCUGGUGUAUUAAAUACAAAAAGCAUUCAAAUUUGCCAAUAUUUAAACAUUCACUAAUAAGGUUAUCCAGUGUCCAGCUUUGCUUAAAAAAAAAAUAAUAUAUAUAUAUUAUAAAUAAUAUAAAAAUCACAGUAUAUACAUGGUUGAUUCAAAUGGGACUUAGUUUUGUUUUUAAAUGUUUUGUCAUUCUGACUUUCUUUUUUAUGGUAGGUAAUUAUAUUCUCUUUUUACAGAGAGAAAAACAUAUUUGUCAUUUAGUGUGAGAAAUGUUCCUAUUUAUAUUCAAUUGUUUGAGUGGAACCUAGUGUAUAGUGUAUUUCGCUAAAAGUUAAAAUUUCUGAGCAGGGUUUAAAUUAUGUAUAACUUAAAUGUGUGUAGCAUUGCUGCGUAUUUUGUUCCCAAUGGAUACUUGUGUUUGCUAUAUUGAUUUAUUUAGUUUCUUUGUUUUGGGUUUGAUUUUAACAUUAUUCCAGAAUAGCAAUUUGUUACAGCACUUUGGGGUGAAAUACUCUUUUAAAAAUCUUUUUUUUAGAAAUCCUUACAGGUGAGCAUAUUACCUAGAAAAGCAUUUGGCGAUGCGGCAAGAAAAAAAUAUUGGCUACUUAAUCUAUGUAGCUUAAAUAUUUUUAUUUAAUGCAGGGUAAAUCGUUUCAAUAUAAGUGUUUAUGGCUCAGGUGUAAACCAGUCAGUCCAAACAUCUAUGUACAUGAAAUUAAGUGUAUCCUUAUAAUCCUUUCUAUCUUAAUGUCGCCUUUCUAAUGAAAAAGGAUAAGACAUUAUCGGAGUGUUAUGCUAGCAGAGCUCUUGGCAAAUUUAUAGAUUUUCUUAAUACUAUUUGAAAAAUAUGGUCCCAUCCCACACCUGUCAAUGAGUUUCCUGCAUUAAUAGCUGUAUACGUAGUAAGGUGUAAGUAGUUAAAGGGAUGCUUUUAGUUACAGGGUCACUUGGUGCAGUUAUGGUCACUAUAACAAUUGUUUUUGUGUGCAAAGAAAGCAAUGUAGAAGAUUUGUCCUGCAUUUAAUGAUGGAAAAACAUCUGUCAAAUUAGAUAUGCCCUGCAUCCAUUCACUUCCCCUGCUAUUUGCAGGGACUCAGUGUGACCAUCAGUUAAUCCUGCAGAAGAAAAAAGGUAGCUCUACAAUACCUUCUGCACCAAAAGACCAAUUGCGAAGAGUGCAAAAUUAAGAUUCUCUCAUUACAUCCUUGCCUAUGUUAUUAAUGGAUGAAACACCAUAUUUGCCUCUGAUAAAAUGGUGUUUCCACAACAAUAAAAUAUACAGCGAAGAACACAAUAUCUUGUAAGCCACCUCCUGGUAAUAGCAACAUGUUGAGAAUUCUUAUUUUUAGUGUUUUAUGAUGCCUUUACUAGUCCUUUCUUCCUAAAAAUAUAUUUUGUUUAACUAAACAGAGUUUUUUGAUGAGUUUUGGAAGCUCAAGUUCCGUAAUUGUAUCUACACAUAAUAUUUAAAUAAACAAGAACUUUAAAAUGUAUUUGUUUGCAAACGUAAUAUUAUAGAGUCACAAGCAACAAAGUUAAUUUGGGUGUUUGUACAGAUGUUUAAAAGAUGUUCAACAGAUAAACUUUAAAGAACAAAACUAUAAAGAAGAAUUCCUUAGUAUAACGUGCAAGUAGGUGCAUUGGGAUUAUUAUUUUAAAGUGUGCACCGUUUACAUCUGAAUGUAACAAAUGCAAGAUUCAGUGUGGUACUUUCUCAUCCAAGUGCUUAACUCCACUCUAAUCUUACCUCUUGAUUCAAUGUGAAAAUUGUACCAGAAACUCUAGAAGUUUACCGGUAUUUAAAAGGAAACUUCAGACAUACUCAGGGGACCAACAUAAUUUAAGUGCUAUUUGAUAGUUAUUUAUGCAGUGUUUUUCUUCUCAUUCAAAUUUCAUUUGUUUUCUAUAAAAAAAAAAAAUUCAAAAAAGACAUAGCAAAUUUCUGCAGAAUAACCACUGUACCUUUCUCAUUUUUUGAGCAAAACUAAAGAGAUUUUAACAGGAAGAAAGGGCUCAGUAGGAGUAUGAGGCCUAAACCUAUUAAAUUUGUUCAAGUUAUGUUAGUGCCCAGAGGGUUCAAUAAAAAUAUGGUAUGUUAAACCCUGAGCCAAGCCCAGGAAGUGUUAACCUUUGCCAAUCCCAGGAAGUGUUAACCUUAUCACACGAUUCUCUGCCUUUAACCCCUUAAGGACACAUGACGGAAAUAUUCCGUCAUAUUUCCCUUUUAUUCCAGAUGCUGCGUCUUUAAGGGAUGGCACAUCAACAAUUGUUUUAUUAGUUCCUGAGGAAUCUCCCCCUGUCAUAAACAAUACAUUUAAAUGUACCAUAGAUGUAAAAAAAAAAAUCCUUUAUGGGAAAACCGCAGUGCCUUCAGUGAUAUUUUGUUUUGCCUUUUGAGUAAUUAUUUCUUCGACAGUAUACCAUUUUAUACUUUCUACAAAUGGAAUGCAUUGAUUUUAUAAAAAAAUUUACCUUGUUAAACCUGACAUUGGAAAUAUGUAUCAUAAAAAAAAAUCUAAAUACUUAGUACUGUUUGUAAUAGGAAAUCACUUUUAACUGUCAGUUUAUUUUCAAAGGGUGGCUUGUUUCAUGUAACAUUGCUACUAAUCACUUUCACGUUAUAGAGGCAGUUUAAGUACCGUAACCACUACAUGCUGUUGUGUAGGCUGUAUGGCAGGUUAGCCCUGUUCUGUUUGUGAGUGGUUUAGCCAAAACAUGCAGUCCUUGAUGCAUGAGUUGCCUUUUCCCACUUGUUAUAUUCAGAAGUAUCACUUGCACAUUAACAACAUCAAUUUCAACCAAAUUUGGACGGUAUUGAUAGGCUGAGCCCAUCAGUUGACACAUUCAGCAGAUACGGCGAUUAGGGGUGAGACACAAGUGUCUCAGGGAUCCCUGAUUUGCUCAGACACUUUAACCUGGGGGAGGGAGGUAAUUGCCACAGCCAACCAGCACCGUAAUCACUACAACGGCGUGUAGUGAUAAUGGUGCUUAGACUGCCCUUUUAACAAUGUCACUUAUAAGUGUAUUUACACAUUUUUGUUCUGUUUUGAUAAAAAAUGGUAGGUCUUAAUCUGUUGAUACUUUCAUAAUCAUAAUGGGAUUCCAUUUUACAUUUCAACAAUCUUCCCCUUGAAAACCAUAUGCUGAAGAUGAUGUUCCCAUUCCACUUCCCAAUCUUUUCCAAUCUAGGCUUUAACCAUGUUCUAGUGUGGAACAUCUCAUUUAAGAUUGGUGCUUUUAACAUGCUACCUUAGUCCCUGACUGUGUGGUAAAACUACAGAACUCAAUUCAUUUCUUAGUUUCACAUAAUGCCUAUGGUUCUGCAAUAAGGUAACAGUUUUAAAACGAAAUAAUAAGAAAGAUAAUUGCAUAUCGUUGUUCUAAUGUAUGAUAAUUAGAUUAUUGAAUGUCUGCUGUCUUCAAUGCUGCUUUGUGUCUUUGACUUUAAAAUGGAGAAUGGAUUGAAAGUUUAAAGGAAGAGUUAUCAGCAGACUUGCAAUGUUUAAUGGAUAUUCACAGUGAUUGUGUUUGUAAACGUGUUUGUGUGUUGCUAUACAAAGCUGCAUUGAAUUGCUUUUGAAAUGAAAUAUCUGGAAUGUUGUUUGCCAAGAUACAUCCUAAAAUGACUUUUUUUUUUUUCCUAGUUCAGAACUUGGAACAGCAUGAUUUAAAACCAUUACCGUCUUAAGAAUGUUUGUUUAAAAAAAGAAAAAAUCCAUAUUUCAACAUUAACAUAAAUUUUCCAUUUUGCUUGCUUAAAAGUCAAAAUUUAAUGCUUUUGCCUUUUUGCUUUUCCUUUUUGUUUGUAUCUUGCAAUUCUAACAAACUUGCUUCUUCAAAUGCAUCUUAAUUAUGUGUGGACAAUAAUGUGUUUGCAAUGAAUAAUUUUGGGCAGAACUGUAUAUUGCAUUGGUCAUUGCAUUUAUUUUUGUUAUGCGAUAUUACACUUCUCAUCUUUCUCAUUCAUUUUGCAUGCAUCUGCUCACUUCUGUACAGCCACAGUUGAGGCAAUUGAGGCUGAUAAAGGUAUGCCCAGAAUCUUUGCAGAGUCUUUGCAGAGAUCUGUGUUUGGGUUGGGAUUUAACUGUUUUAUAUGUGGUGUUUAAACUUGCACAACCAGGGAUGGAUCUUUUUUUGUUUUUGUUUUUUUGAUCCAUCUCCAUUUAAUGUAUUCUUAGUUUAAAUAAUUUCAUGUGUUCUUGUCUGCAGCAUGAUAUUGUAGUUAGUCUGCCUUUUGUCCUUUGCACACAUUGUGAAUAUUUUUUAUAAUUCUUCAGCAAAGUGUUUGGUGUACUUUGUUGUAGUUUUUGUUUGUGUGAUAGAGAGAUCUGCUAUUUCUAGAUCAACACCUUUAGAGUAUGAUUUGUGCAUGUCCUAAAUUCAUGAACUAUGUAGUAUGUGCCUCUUUUAUUUAUAAGUUUUGAUGUAUAGCUGUUCUGGUGGUGCAAGAUUUCCUACUAUCUAUUGUUUUGUAUCAUUUAUUUGUACACUGUUACAUUUGUAUAAUCCAUACAGAUGUGCUAUUGUUAUUUUCUAAGGAAAAGUAAUCAAAAUGUUAGGCUUUUGAAUAUGUGUUAGUCAAAUACUAAACAGAAUUUUCACAUCAUUUGUGAUUACACCAGCAUUAGAGCUCCUUGUUAGUCAAUGGAAAGAGAGUUAAGAGUUCUGUUUCAGAACAAUUCUGAGGCAAGGUUCUAAAGGUGACAUUCAAUUGGUUUUCAUUUUGACAUCUCUACUUUUAGUUUAAAACGUUUGUCUUGUUUACAACGGAGUUAAAACUACAAAAUUAUCAAAAUUAUAGUGUACUUAAAGGGACACUGUAGGCACCGAGACCACGUCAGCUCAUUGAAGUAGUCUGGAUGCUGUGCCCCUUUUUCACCUAAUGCUGUAAUGUAAAACAUUGCAGUUCCAGAGAACUGCAAUGUUUACAUUGCAGCUCUAAGUCUGCCCUCUGUGGCUGUCUACUGGGGGCGCUUCUGGAAUCGAAACAGACUUUUGGUCCGUUAUCUGACGCUGGACGUCCUCAUGCUCUGUAUGAGGACCUCCAGAGUCAGAAUUUCCCCAUAGGAAAGCAUUGAUUCAAUGUUUCCUAUGGGGAGGUCUAAUGUGCGUGCUGCAUUUGCCGCGCAUGCACAAUAGACCCCACUCGUUCGUGGAUUGGAGGAGGGGGCGGAGCUUGGGCCCAGUGCCGAGGGACAUCAGCGCUGGGAUAAGGUAAGUUAAAAAAGAGGGUGGGGGGGGGGGGUUAACCCUUUAUUUAUCUGGCGAUGAGGGGUGCGAGGAAGGGGGUGGAGGUUAGGCCGAGGCAUUGGUAGUGCCAGGAAUACAGCUUUGUAUUCCUUGCACUACAGUAUCCCUUUAAUAUUGCACAUUUAAUAAUUGUUCUAGAUAUAAACUUUAUUUUAAAAAAAAAAGUUUACUCUUUUACUGCACAAUGAAUAGAAAAAAAUUGCUUUAUGGAUACAGGGGUUUUCAAUCCCCCAGAAGCCCUGAAUGUCCCAGUUGUUAAAUAAAUUCCACAUCCCUAGGAUAGAAGAAGAAAAGAGUCAUGAUAUUGACUAACUCUUUCCUGCCACAGUGUGCCUUGAGAUCUUGGUUGUGAACCAGUGUGCUAACAUGUUGGCAGAUUGAAUACAGAAUAUCUAAUUUACAGUGUAUAAAAUUGCUGCUCCGUGAGCUGUCAUAUAGCCAGAAGUCUGUGACAGCCAUAGAAAGUCUAUUCUGGAGAAAAGGAGGGCUUCCAUUAGCCGCAGGUACUAGGUGUGCAGGUAUUGCAAGGCAAUAUUUUAUGUAUCCAAAAAGAAAACAUGUUUUUGGGGUAUAUAUCUUUUAAACAAUUUGUUGGGUGGUAUAUUUUUUUUUUUUUUUAUGAGAACUCCUCUGCAAACAGAUUUUCUCCAGAACCAGACACUUCCGCCAAAAAUUUAGUAUACCAGCCAUUUUAACUAAAGCAGAUUUUCUAUAGAUGUUUGUUUUUGUUUUUUAAUUUUUCAACUAAAUACUGGUUUCUUAGAAUUUUGUUCAUUCAAUUGAAUGCCUACUUGCUAAAUCAACAGUUUUAAUUUUACAUUUAGAACAUUGUCCCAAAAUUGCUCUUUACAGAAAACUUCCAAAGCCUCCAGACACUAGCUUAAGUCUCUAAAGCAGUAGAUUUUCUUGUUAGCAUAUACUACAUUUGGUACUUAGAUUCAGCUUGGCUACCCAUUCUACAAGUGGAAAUGGUUUUCCAACUAAUUCUUCUAGCGUGAUAGUUAAAAUUUAAAUAAUUUAGCAAAACACCUUAAUCUUCCCUGUAUCAUGGAGCUCUCCAGUGCAUGAGGGAAUGCUGUAUCACUUGUCUUUCUGAAGGAAACCCAAUAAAAUCAGAUGGCAAUCAAUUUUACAGUCCAUCCCUGGGAUGCUGCUAAACCAAAGAUUGUAGGCAUGGUCGAUUUAUUUAUUUUUUUAAAUCUAAAAUUGAUACUGAUAAAAGUAACUUCUUCAGAAACACAAAGAAACUGGAAAAAGUGUAUUCAUUGUAACUGUAAAAAUAGUAAUAUUCCACUUAAAGUUAAAUAUUUACACACAAAUGAGCAAGCUGCACAUUUUACAUGUACUUAAUAUGUUUAUAGGACAGAAAGCUGAAUCUAUCCCAAGUGUGUAUUUCAUCUAUAUCUACAGCAGUCUGUUUUAUUUUUUAAAUUUUUUUUUUGGUAAUGAAUUUCAUUCUGCAAGGAUUUUCUUACCAUGCCUGAACACAAUUAUAAUUUCAGAAUUUAACUAUAUUUAGCAUAUGUUUUCUGCUUUCUCAUCUCUAGAACAUAAAAUCAUUUGUUUGUAUUGAUGUAAUGAUAUUUUUAUAAAUGGCUCAGCUGUUUUUGCAAUGUUUUACUUUUCAAUAUUUUUCAACUUUGGGACAUGCUUCCUCAUAGUACAUGAGAAUGAGAACAAAAAAAAGGUAUAUUAAGGCAAGGUCCCUAUAGGGUGUCCUCCAAACCAAGAGGGCCUAAUCCUAGUUCUAAACAGCAAAGAAAGAGUUCCAUAAUGGAACAAAAAAUUGUUUGGGUUGACACAAAUUAUAGGAGCUAAUUAGAUAGCCAAAGAGAUUCCAGACUACGAGAAAGAAAAACUGGAAUAGUGAGAAAAAGAGGAAGAGGUACAGAGAAAAACUCCUAGAAAUAACAUAAAAUACAUACACACAUAUGCCAAUGCUAAAUUGUGGUAAAAAUAACCUUUAUUACAUAGCUUGGGAACUCACAUGGGGUAUGUCUACUAAAUAUCCCUCAAAAAGACAUACACGAGCAUGUCAAUGCUGUAUUGUGAUUGGAUUUACCUUUAUCAUAUAGCUGAGAAGUCAUGCGUGGUAUGUCCACUAAAUCAUUAAAAGGAAGUGGGGGAGAAAAAGUGGAAAAAUUGCAAAUAAAAAAGGGGACAAAAUACCUUCAAAGAGACAGGUAAGAGUGAGUUGAGUUAUAUACACCCCCUCCUAAAUGUCUAAUAGAACUUGUAAGGAAAUCAAGUAUAGCUGAACCGCUUUGAUAAUUCCUCCUGCAAUGCCAGCGUCUAAGGUAGUUCUAAACAAUGAAGUCCAUAAGAAAUAUAACAGCUUCCCAAGAUAAUCCCCUUGGUAAAGCAUACGAAUUCCCAAAUAACAGUCAGAGUCCAGAAUCAGGUUACAAGUAGAUCUGAGGUCUGGAAUCUCCAGCCUGCUUUUUAUUAGGGUUACAGACAAAAAAUACACACCCAGGGGGAGGCAUUAAAUCACCAAUCAGGUACAGGUUACAGCCCCUACCUCCCUCCCCUCUGAUAAACAGUUAACUUCAUUAAAACGUGCACUAUUUUACCCCAGUUCUGGAUGUACCCCAAAAACAGGGGGUACACCUUUAAAUUGGGCACCGCUGGAUAGUGCUCACUUGUGGGGACAAUAUGUCAAAAAAUCAGUCCAUUCGGAUGGAUGGUUCGGGAGCUAUGGAGCACUAAAGUUUUGACCGACCGCACGGAUCAUCUAGCCGAAAAUAGUUCCAUAAGUUUUGGCCCUGCGGUCGGUCUCCGUUUAGGCGAAUAAAAAAGACGAAAGUCCUGCCAUCCGUUCGCAUCUUCGUGGUCGUUGAAAUCCCCAUACGAAGUUGCAUGUAACUACCGAACGGCCGGUCAUUCGGUUUUUUCCGUGCGAAGUUCUGGAUGUAUGGAGGUCUCAGCGGUGUUCGCCUGUUUGUGUAUCCGAUUUUAGUUCCACGCGUUUGACGGGCAAACACCGCUGUUCGCACGUAAAAUGGCCGCGACCACGUGUAAAGUGCCGAAAUGGCGGCCACCUAGAGUUUACACGGGGAAUUCGCCUGAAUCCAUUCGAAUGGUAGAAAUUAUAGCUAUAUGCCGAAUUCCAGCUGAAUUGGGUGAAUUAACUUGUGCAACAAAGGUAGAAAUCCUGAUGAACGGAGUCAUUUCUUCACACUGCUCCCCUAUAAGUCCAUAGGUCGGCAUACCCGCCUAGACCCUGUCGGGUUGGCUUGGGGAUGUCCGAUGAAAGUACGUUUUUAGGUGUCCAGUUCGGUCUGGCGGGACAGUCCAUCCGCAUUCCCAUUUUGUUUACCCGGACGGUACUGCAUGGUAAAAUUGUAUGGUUGGAGAGCUAGGCUCCACCGGAGUAGCCUGGGGUUGUCACCAGCUACCCGGUUGAGCCAUACCAGGGGGUUGUGGUCGGUCAUAAGGGUAAACGCUCGCCCAUACAGAUAGGGCUGAAGUUUCUUGAGGGCCCACACGAGGGCCAAGCACUCUUUUUCUACGGUGGCAUAGCUGACUUCUCGGGGCAAAAGUUUACAGCUGAGGUAUGCCACCGGGUGUUCCAUGCCAUCCGCCCCAACCUGGCUUAGUACGGCUCCCAGCCCAAACAUGGAGGCAUCUGUGUGUACAAGAAAUUGUUUAGUGUAAUCGGGCGCUGCCAACACAGGGGCCUCACUCAAUGCCGCUUUGAGCUUCUGGAAAGCGUCCGUGCACUCUGGGGUCCAGGCGACCUGUUUGGGAAGGGCCUUUUUGGUAAGGUCCGUGAGGGGCUUGGCCACGGCGCUAUAUUCUGGGACGAACUUCCUGUAAUACCCGGCCGUCCCUAAGAAAGCCAGUACCUGGGUUUUGGUCCGGGGUUGGGGCCAGUUAGCUAUGGCCUCUACCUUAGCGGGCUCUGGGCGUUGUCUACCGGAGCCGACCCGGUGACCCAGAUACUGGACCUCGGCUAGGCCUACGUGACAUUUGUCGGGUUUCAAAGUGAGCCCGGCGAGGUGGAUUCGUUCGAGUACCCUGGACACAUGACCCAGAUGGUCUCCCCAUGUGCGGCUAUAGAUGGCAAUAUCAUCUAGAUACGCACAUGCGAAGUCCUGCAACCCCUCCAGGAGCCUAUCCGCCAUCCGCUGAAACGUAGCCGGGGCGUUCUUCAUCCCAAAGGGCAUAACCUUGAAUUGGUAUAGCCCAAACGGGGUGACGAACGCCGACUUGGGGAUGGCCGCAGGCUCCAGGGGGAUCUGCCAAUAACCCUUGCACAGGUCCAGGGUAGUCAAGUAGUUCCCCCCCGCCAUACGAUCUAAGAGCUCAUCUAUUCUAGGCAUGGGGUAGGCAUCGGUUAUGGUACGGUCGUUAAGCCUCCGGUAAUCUACACAGAAGCGCGUAGUGCCGUCGCGCUUCGGUACUAGUACCACCGGGGAGGCCCAAGGACUUUGGGAGGGUUCUAUUACCCCUAGCCGUAACAUAUCCCUUAACUCGGUGAGCAUACUCUCACGUACUGCUUCCGGGAUCCGAUAUGGCUGUUGCCGUAGGGGCGUCUCUCCCUGGGUUUCCACACGGUGGACCGCAGCGGAGGUAUAGCCGGGGGUAGCGGAAAACAUCUCUCGGUAUCCCUGCAGCAGUUGAGUAGCCUCGCCUUUCUCCAGGUGGUCUAAAUUUUGCCCCAAGCUUACUUGGUCAAUAGUACAGGGGGUGGUAUCCAGUAAGUCAGGAAGGGGUAGCCCUUCACUAUCCUCUGUGGCGGGGGCGCACACGGCGCCCACCUCCUCUGUCCUUUCAAAAUAUGGUUUGAGCAUGUUCACAUGGAAGGCUUUGGUCAGCCUUUCAUCUGAGCAUUUGCUCACGAUGUAGGUAGUCUCGCUAACCUGUUCCACUACCUUAAAGGGUCCCUGCCAGGCUGCUUGCAGCUUGUCCUUUUUAACGGGCCUCAGAGCCAGUACCUUCUGCCCUAAGUCCAGCACUCUAUCCUGGGCCCUCCUAUCGUACCACUUUUUCUGGUCCUCCUGGGCCGCCUGCAGGUUCUCCCGAACCGAUUCGGUGAGGGCCCGCAGACGGUCCCGGAACUCCAGGACAUACUGGACGAUAGGGACUCCCCCCUCAUCUGUAUUGCCCUCCCAGUGUUCCCGUACGAGCUCCAGUGGGCCCCGAACUUUUCUCCCGUACAGGAGUUCGAAGGGGGAAAACCCAGUGGAGGCCUGGGGCACCUCACGGUAGGCAAACAGAAGGUGGGGAAGGAAUUUUUCCCAAUUCUUGUGGGACUCUGUAAAAGUUUUUAGCAUCUGUUUUAGAGUGCCAUUGAAACGUUCACAGAGCCCGUUAGUCUGGGGAUGAUACGGGGCGCUGAACAGGGGCUGCACUCCGCAGCUCUGCCACAGUUGUUGCGUCAGGGUGGCUGUGAACUGCGUCCCCCGAUCGGAGAGUAUCUCCUGCGGGAAACCUACUCGGGUGAAUAUCUGAAUAAGGGCCUCUGCCACGGUCUCGGCCUCUAUAUUGGUGAGGGCGACUGCCUCCGGGUAUCUAGUGGCGUAGUCAACCACCGUUAGGAUAAACUUUUUGCCCGACGGACUGGGGCGACUGAGUGGACCUAUUAAAUCCACCGCUACUCGGUGGAAGGGCUGUUCGAUGAUGGGUAGGGGGUGAAGCUUAGCCUUCCGAAGGUCUCCCCUUUUUCCUACCCUUUGGCAUACAUCACAUGUCCUACAAUAGUACUUUAGGUCCUGGGUAGCUCUGGGCCAGAAGAAGGUUUGAGUUAACCUGUCUCUGGUCUUUUUGACCCCUAAAUGUCCUGCUAGGGGAAUGUCAUGACUGAGUUUUAACAACUCAGCCCGAAAUUUACGGGGCACAACUAACUGUCUUUUUAUGACCUGGGUAGCCCCCUGUCCCACCCCCUCGGUUACCCUAUAUAGCAACCCCUUAUACCAUUCAAAUUUUUCGUGCGGGUUGUUCUCGGGGGUAGCGGCCGCGGCCUUCCUAUAGCCUUCUAAUGUGGGGUCAGUACGCUGUUCCUGUUCAAACCCCUGGGGGGUAUCCCAGAAGGGUACGGGGGGAUCGGGUAAAGGGGGUAUUUCGACUCUUACCUGGUUCUCCUCAGAGUGCAGCGGAGCUUCCAGUCUGGCUUGAGCUCGGGUGGUAACCGGGUAGGCCUCGGCAGGGGGGUCUCGGGCUAGUUGGGAGGUUAGGCAUCCCACAUCAUUUCCCAACAAAACCUCGGCGGGCAGUUCUUGCAUAAUCCCCACCUCCAGUUGUUUAGACCCGGAACCCCAAUCAACAAACAUAUUAGCGGUGGGCAGUUUGUGAAUAGCGCCCCCAGCCACCCUUACAGCGACUGUGCGUCCGGUGCGCGCUUGCGCUCUGACCGUGUGGGGCUGUACCACAGUCAAAGUAGCCCCAGAGUCUCUCAGCGCCCGGGCCCCCACGCCAUCGACGGUAAUCCAUUGGCGGUGAUGGUCCCGGUUGUCCCCCCCAGCUUGUACUGGAUUAACCUCAUGUAAUACACUCCACUGUUCUUCGUGGUUAAGGCCAGGGCCUGUGUGAUCCUGUUGCACACAGUGCGCAGCUGCCCUGGGUUGUUGUGGGGCGGGCCGUUCCCAGCUUCCCCGGUUUAAGCGAGGGCACUGAUACUUGUAGUGUCCUGGUUGCUUGCAGUAGUGACACACUGCAGGAGGUCGAGGUGUGUUUGCUGGGUUCGGUGGGGGGUUACCUAUGGCAGGUCUAGGUGGAGCCGGGUUGGUUGGAGCUGUGUACUGAGGCUUAAAUGGUGGUCUGCUCGCCCCUUGCUCUUUCCUCCUGUUAUCCUGGUACUCGUCCGCUAGCCUAGCGGCCUCCUCCACGGUUUUUGGUUUCCUAUCUUUUACCCAGUCUUUUAUGUCCUCUGCAGUAUGAUUAAAAAAUUGCUCCAGUAUCACUAGUUGUAAAGCCUCUUCUAGGGUGGUUGCCUGGCAGCCCUUCAUCCAAUUGCGGGCUGCCCGCUGCAGGCGAAAAGCCCAUUCCGUAUGGGAAUCUCUCCCAGUCUUUCUCAGUUCUCUAAACUUUUUCCGGUAUGCCUCCGGAGUUACCGCAUAUCUGGCCAACAAAAUGUCUUUUAUUUUCUCAUAAUUAUGUAUGUCCCCCUCAGGUACUGCUCGCAGCGCCUCGGCUGCUCUACCUGACAAUUUACUGCUGACGACUGCAGCCCAUUUGGUGGAGUCUAAUCCCUCCAGUGCACACUGACGUUCAAAGUCUUGCAAGUAACUGUCGAUUUCCAUUUCAUUGUCAACAAAUGAUUUAAACGCUGCAUAAUUUACCUUCUUUGGCAUUUCCCCAAUACCUCUCGGGGGGUGUAGCAAAUCCCCCUGUGACGCUCUGUCCCGGUCAUCUCGCUCUUUUUGCGCUUGUCUGGCUUGUGCUACGACCUGCAGUAUCGCCUCUGAGGAUGGAUUGGGUCCCAAUAAACUGAGUGUCCAUCGGAUGUCCUUUUGCAUCACGGUUUCUUCCUCUUGAUCCAUCUCUAUAUUACUGAUAUUAUCGCUCUGCAUUAACUCCGCAAUUAUCGUGGCUUUUGUUUUGUUACUUGCCACUCUGCCUCGAGCUUCCAGUAAGUCCUUUAGCGUGGUUCUUUUAAGUAGCUGGUACUGCUGAGCCAUUCAUUCCUUUGCUUGUUUUGAAGUGUCCAUUUGGGAUUCGAAUCCCACCGCUGCCACCAGUUGUAAGGAAAUCAAGUAUAGCUGAACCGCUUUGAUAAUUCCUCCUGCAAUGCCAGCGUCUAAGGUAGUUCUAAACAAUGAAGUCCAUAAGAAAUAUAACAGCUUCCCAAGAUAAUCCCCUUGGUAAAGCAUACGAAUUCCCAAAUAACAGUCAGAGUCCAGAAUCAGGUUACAAGUAGAUCUGAGGUCUGGAAUCUCCAGCCUGCUUUUUAUUAGGGUUACAGACAAAAAAUACACACCCAGGGGGAGGCAUUAAAUCACCAAUCAGGUACAGGUUACAGCCCCUACCUCCCUCCCCUCUGAUAAACAGUUAACUUCAUUAAAACGUGCACUAUUUUACCCCAGUUCUGGAUGUACCCCAAAAACAGGGGGUACACCUUUAAAUUGGGCACCGCUGGAUAGUGCUCACUUGUGGGGACAAUAUGUCAAAAAAUCAGUCCAUUCGGAUGGAUGGUUCGGGAGCUAUGGAGCACUAAAGUUUUGACCGACCGCACGGAUCAUCUAGCCGAAAAUAGUUCCAUAAGUUUUGGCCCUGCGGUCGGUCUCCGUUUAGGCGAAUAAAAAAGACGAAAGUCCUGCCAUCCGUUCGCAUCUUCGUGGUCGUUGAAAUCCCCAUACGAAGUUGCAUGUAACUACCGAACGGCCGGUCAUUCGGUUUUUUCCGUGCGAAGUUCUGGAUGUAUGGAGGUCUCAGCGGUGUUCGCCUGUUUGUGUAUCCGAUUUUAGUUCCACGCGUUUGACGGGCAAACACCGCUGUUCGCACGUAAAAUGGCCGCGACCACGUGUAAAGUGCCGAAAUGGCGGCCACCUAGAGUUUACACGGGGAAUUCGCCUGAAUCCAUUCGAAUGGUAGAAAUUAUAGCUAUAUGCCGAAUUCCAGCUGAAUUGGGUGAAUUAACUUGUGCAACAAAGGUAGAAAUCCUGAUGAACGGAGUCAUUUCUUCACAGAACUUCUCCAUAAGAGGAGGUAGCGAUGCCUAGAGGCACCUGCCUCAAAAAACAGAUGAGACAGACGGGCCAAGUACUGAGUAAAGGGGAAUGAGAGAGCCUAUUGGGGAAAGGUGAGAUCGCAGAGAGUACUAGAAAUACACUGGGGAAGGUAAAUACACAUCCGAGAUCGGUAAUAGGCACUAAAGAAUAGUCAUAGAGCAGUGAAACUGACUCGUACGAUACGUGCCAUAAACCAGCCCCCCUUAAGUACUCAUGCAAGAAUGCAACCUAAAAUCCUCCAAGUCUGGCUCUAUUGAAAGAACCCCUAUCGCCUCAAACAAAAUUAUAAUAAAUAUGAGUAGCAAUAAUGGGAAGGUUAAGAAGGAUGUACAUAUCCCCCCAUCAUAUAAGUGCUUAUGGUCCAGUUAACUCGCAGGGAUAUAUGCACACUCCCAAGCGAGUAAGGACUAACUAAGUUAGAAGGCUAAUACUCAAUACUUAAGUAACUCAUACAGCCAACAGGAACCUAGGGUAAGUUAGUUGUCAUAAAAAAACAUAACAAAAAGCUAAACCCUAGAUGUGGAGAUAAGCAGCAGCCCAAGGUCCCUAUAUAUCUACACCCCAAGUUAAACAAAAAGAAAAUAAAGCGUAAAAUGCCCAACGCGUGUUUCGGUGCUAUGAAAUGCGCCUUCGUCUGGGGCUAGUGGUCGUCAGCCCUCUCAGAUCCCUUUUUAACCCCUUAAGGACCAAACUUCUGGAAUAAAAGGGAAUCAUGACAUGUCACACAUGUCAUGUGUCCUUAAGGGGUUAAAGGUUCCCAAUGGAACCUAAUGCCCACCCACAAAUGAACGAAAGCCAAUCAAUAUACAGUAGGCGUGUAUUGGGUGUGACUAGAAGUCACUGUCUACACAUCAAAGAAAGGAACCUUAACCCUUCUAUUGCAGGAAUGAUUAUGGCACAGGUCCUUAUAGCCGUCAAACAUAGUGAGGACGGCAUAAUUUUAUACAAGUCAUUAAGCACUCCCGAUCGGAGCGGAGAGUGCAGAAUCACUUAUUAUUCGUCAUUACAGGAUUUAGUCAAAAGCGAUCAACCACUCCGGCACUGAAAUGGGGGAGGUACAAUUACUCUAACGUAUACAAAAACUCCACCCCUCGGUGCCGAAGUGGAAACUGUAUAAUACCAUGAAUGCCAAUAACCACUGAGGUGCCGAAUGGAGUCGGCAACCUCACUUGGUAGCUCUGUUCUAGUUGUAAUAACACAAUUGAUUCAUAGUGCAAAGACCUAUAGACAGAGUAUAUUCAUGAAUUUCAAUAGAAAGAUGUUAGAGGUAUACUCUAAUAAUGUUCCUUAAAGUAAACCAAUGUACAGAUGUGGGACUAUUUAAUACUAUUUAUAUAUAUCAUUCAUAUUUAUGAUCCUUUACAUGGGACAGGGGGAGGAUGAAUGCCUUAAUGCAAACAAGUGAAAUGACGCAAUCUGGAAAUGAGCCAAAAUGAAGUACAAAUAAUAGCUCAAAAUGACAAGACUGUCAGUAAUGACAAGUAGGAUCCUAGGAGAUGUUAGGCAUUGUAAUCACAGUGGUACGUACAGUCAUAGAAAGGGGGAGUAUGUAAACCCCUUGUUGAGACCUAAUGGUGCCAAGGUCUUCAAUUUAUAAAUCCAAAAGGAUUCUCUCUGCCUGAGGAGACGAUUCAGGUUGCCCCCUCUUUGAUCUAGUUUGACAUGUUCAAUACUCUGGAAACGUAGGUCAUUGGAGCGAUCUGCAUGUUGUUCCCAGAGGUGUCUAGAUAUAGGAGUAUCACUUCUAUAUCGCACUGAGCAAAAAUGCUCAAGAAUACAGAGUUUGAGUUGUCUGAAUGUCUUGCCUACAUAUUUUUUCCCACAUGAGCAGGUAAGUAUACUACCCCAGUGGUCUUACAAUUAAAGAAGUCCCUUACUGGUGAAAUGACAUUCUUAGCUGAGUCCUGAAUAGUUUUGGAGUCUCUAGAGAUGAACCUACACGCCGAACAUCUCCCACACUGGUAAGUACCUAUCAAGGUAUUUUUUAGCCAAGUCUGUGAGGGUCUUAUGCCCGAGAAAUGGCUGGGUACCAACAGGUCCUGUAAGUUUUUGCCCCUUCUGGCUGUCAGGACUGCAUAGGGUGUAAGAACUUGAUUCCAGUGCGUGUCUUGCGUGAGUAUAGGCCAGAAUCUGUUCAGGAUGGAUUUUGCUACUUCCCAUCCCUGGUCAUACUCAGCGAUGCAUCUUAUUUGUUUGUCUUGUAGAUCUUUAUGUGUAUUCAAGAGCAUGGUUUCUCGGUCCAUAUCAAGGGCCCUUUUGACAGCGAUUCGGGUACCACCAUUCCUUAAAUUUUGUACGUAGGUCUUUUGCUUUUAAUUUAAAUUCUUCCAAAGUGGAGCAAUUCCUACGUACUCUCAAAUAUUGGCCAGUGGGAAUUCCUCUUUUCAGGGGUUUAGGAUGGAAACUUUCCCAUUGUAACAGACUAUUUGUGGCUGUGGGUUUUCUGAAAAGAGAGAUUUGCAAAAAAUUGUUCUCGUCAAUGGUAAUUUUGAGGUCCAGGAAAUUUAGAGAGGGACUGCCCACUUCUCUUGUGAGUCUGAGAUUCAUCUCAUUCCGAUUUAGAUAAUCCACAAAUUCAUCAAAGAUGUCAGAUGAACUUAUCCAAAUUAUUAGCAAGUCAUCGAUGUAACACUUCCAUGUGUGGAUAAGUUGGGUAAAUCGGGUAGAUUUCUCCGAAAAGACUACCAUUUUUUUCCACCAACCCAUAAGCUGUUCCCAUCGCAAUCCCCUGCACCUGUAAGUAAAAUGUGUUAUUAAAAAGAAAAAAAGUUGUGGGUGAGGAUGAAUCGUAAAAGUUUUAAGACGAACUCGUGUGUGUCUGGUGUUCUGGGCCCCUUGUCUCCAGAAAGUACUUAGUGUGUUCAAGACCGAUAUUGUGUUAUUGACUUGUAGAGGGACUCCACAUCAAGGCUACAUAAAAGUGCUCUUGUGGUAGUUGUUUGUUCAGUAGGAGUCCCAGAGUCUCCUUAGUAUUCUUAAGGUAAGAUGGUAAGGACACUACAAAUUUUCUCAAUACCUGAUCGAUGUAUUGGCUCCCAUUUGGGGUUAUAGUGUCCACCCUAGAUACUAUAGGUCUACCCGUGAGUUGAGCAUAUUGUUUAUGUAUCUUAGGUAGACCAUAGAAUGUUGCAAUUUUGGGUGACUUAUUGUAGAUGAAGCUAAAUUCAUCUUUAGAUAGAAUACCACUAUCUAAGGCUUCAUCUAAAAGGCGUUUAUAUUCAGUCAGGUAUGAAAUGGUCAGAUUCUUCUUCAAGACUCUAUAAGUGGAUUCAUCCUUUAGCCUGAACCAUUGUUAUAUAGCCCUCUCUAUCCAUCAAUACCACAUUCCUCCCCAACCCCCCUUAUUAGCAGGUUUAAUGAUGAGGGAUUCAUUUUUCUUGAGAUCAUUUAAGGCAAACCAUUCCUGAUUGGUAAAAUUGCCAUGGGGGACUAACUCCAAACUAGCUUCCUGGAUAUGUUCAAUCGCAUUUCUACAAAUAUGUCUAUACUCCGGUAUUCUUUAAAGUUAGGGGUAAACUGACUUUUUCAGGGAUGUGUAAGCUUGAGACAUCUUUGUUCUCUCAUUGUCCUCCAAGAUUGAAACGAGGUCAGAGACACCUUCUAAGUCCUUUACUGUCAAACCUAGACUUUUGGCUUUUUUCUCCUUUUGAAUUUCAUGGUAUUUAUACAAAGCUAGCUUUCUAGCAAAUAAGUGAAUGUAUUUUGUCCAACUGAAUUUGUUAAACUUGGGUAUUGGAACAAAAGAUAGACCUUUUUCCAAAACUUUUUCUUGGUUAGCUGUUAAAGUAGUGUUUGACAAAUUGACUAUUCUAGAACUGUGCUCUAUCUGCCUCUUUUGCCUUGUGAUCUCCCUUGUCUCGUCCAAUAAGGAUGGUUGGUUUUUCGUGGGCUUACCCCUAAAAAAUUCACCCCCUUUUUCAAUAUGCCUUUAUGAUGUUGUUGUGUUUGUGUAGAAGUGGGUUGUGCGGUAGGUGUUUUGGAAUCUGUGUCUGUUUCAUAUCCAGAAGUCAUAUAUUGGUCCGAGUCGUACUGAACCACUCUCCUGAAUUUUCUAUUGACAUUACCAGAUUAGUAAUCUUUGGUGUCUCUUACGAAUUUGUGGUGCUUUCUUGACUUAAUAGUGUUCUUAACUUUGUCAAGAUUAGCCUUAAGUUUGGCUUCCAUUUGUUCAAACUGUUCGUCAUUUUUGAAUUUUUGUAUCUUAGUAACCUCGCUGUCCACUUGUUCGCUAAUUUUUAAUAAUCUUUUCGAUUCAUAUUUGCUUAUAAUUUCCAUGAAGGUUUUGGAGCAUUUAUUAGCCGCUUCCUCCCACUCUCUUACAAAUUCUUCCUCAUCAAUAUUGUUAGUUGGUGUGAUUUGUAUUUGUAAACCCCGGGGUAUCAUUUCUUUUUGUAAGUAAUUCUGUAGGGAUGAUACCUCCCAACCUACUCUUAUCUGUUGUUUAAACAGUUUAGAGAGUUCUUUAAACCCUGUCUGUGGGUAAACUAGAUUCUAGGGGGGUAUCAGAGAAAACUGAAUCAGCUUCGCCACACAAACUGGUAUGGUCUUGUUUCUGGGAUAGAAAACCCAGACAUGACUGUGAUAGGUGGAACUAAGAAAAUUGAAAUAGGAUCCUAUGUCCAGGGGAUUUUAAUUAGCUCCUAUAAUUUGUGUCAACCCAAAAAAUUUUUGUUCCAUUAGAGAAUGAUUGUGUCAAAAAAAUCCCAUGUUUAUUGGUAGAUAAUUUUUUUUACGGAAACGCCACAUCAAAUGACUUUAGCUUAAUUAAGUGGUUUUGGUGUAUAGACCAUGUCCAUGCAGUCUAACUUCUUAAUUCUCUGCAAUUUAGGAGUUUAGCCCUUGCCACAUCUUCCCUGACUAAGACAGCCUCCCUACACAUUUUUUAACUUUCCUUAUUUCACAGUGUGUUUAGAUGAAAAUUUAUUUUCUGCUCUGUUAAUUUCCUGCUAGAAAUUACAACAGUCUCCUGUGUGGGAUUAAAGUUCAAUUUAUAUAGCAGUAGGUAAAAACAGCUAAGGUAAACUUGCAGUGCUGUAAGAUCUGAUUGAAAAUUAAAUAGUUUAUUUCAUGCAGGCUGUGUGAAGGAGGGCUAUAUAUACAGAAACAGUGACUUAGCUCCUAUAUUGCAAAGAAUUUAGAAGUGAGACUACAUGAGCAUGAUCUAUAUACUAAAACUGCUUAAUUAAGCUAAAAUUGUUGUUUUUUUGCUUAGAGUAUCCCUUUAAACAUAUUAUUGAAAUCAGCUGACCCAUUCUAAAAAUAUGAAUGCAGCAUUAUAACAAGUUAAUUUGUGUAGUCUGAUUUAAAGUUUUACUGGAGAAAGGUCUGCUUAAAAGUAAUUAAUAUUUUGUAUUUGAAUUAAAAAGUAAUUGGGUAUAUUCAGGGACUGUUACUUAAAACCAAGGAGGAAUAUGUGUGAACAGUUGAGCAAUGAAUUUGUUUAUAUGUAACAAAACAGGCUUAAUGUUGAAAAAAACUAAUUGUUCUCUAGGCCAUGAAGUGUUAUGUUUGUUAUUUAUAAUGAUUAGAAGUUAGUUUUGCUACUAUAUGCAAUUGUAUAUACUCCUGCUUUAAUAUCUGAACAGAUUCUAAAUACAGUUUAAUACAAUUAGUGAUUUCUUUACAUUUAAAAAAAAAAAAAAUACAUGUAGGAAACCACAAACUCAAUAAUAAACAUCAAAAACACUCAUGGAUGACAAACAUAAUUUAGACCUACAUAAUGCUUAGCCUGUCAUCUAACUGGGAUAUUGAGCAUUAUACAUUUAGAUUCUGCAAUUCUGAUGCUUCUAGUGGAGAUAGCGAACUAUAGAUGUUUGUCCAUCUUUGCUACAAUGAAUGAGGUAGCUAAUCCAAGAAGCCUAGUCACACUUCAUAUUUGCAUAAAUGACCAAACUAAGGAGGAAGAACUUACUUGAAUAAACAUAUUUAACAAUGUGCUGUUUUUAACUGGUUAGAGUUGUUUUAAAUAAUACAACUGGCACAUUCUCCACUAGUUGAUCUUAAGCAAUACACAAGUAUUCCUGAAGUUUAUUCAUGUUACAUAUUGUAGUUAAUAAAGUUAUGCUAGCCUUUUAAGUGUACUUACAUUUCACAUUUGCAUUUUAAGCAAUACGAGGAUUCUCUCCGCAACAUAAAAUCUGCAGCUUUGAAGAAGCAAAGGGAUUGGACAGGAUCAACGAAAGAAUGCCUCCCAGAAAAGACGCAAGACAGCAAGACGGUAUUAAUUCAGUAAACAUAAAUGCCAAGGAAAACAAUGGGACUGGCAAUAACAACUCGCAGUGACUGCACCGUGUCAGAGUUUACUCACACCUUGCCUGAGAAGUCCUAGAUUCAUGCUUUGUGACAUAACAGCUUCAAUAACCAAGAGGAUCUGGAAGAUAUAGACUGUUUUAAGAUCCUUGGGUAUGCAGCUGAUUUCUGUGCAUCAAUCAUCAUGCUUUCCAAGAAGAAAACAAAAUUCACUUACGAUUGGACAAGUUUAGAGCCAGCCACUAUCUCUAGUAUUUGAAUCAUGGGAAAGUAUGGAGCUGUUUUCACGAAGGCUCAUCUAGUGUAGCAUCUCACGCUUAUCAUUGUUGACACUUAAGUUUACAAAUGGAAAUCUUGUUUUUGUUCACUAGAUAGAUUUUUCUGUAUCUUUUUUUUUUUAUUAUUAUUAUUUUUGACAAGAAUUACAUCCCUCAAAACUAUUUAUUUAAAAGACAUUUGUUUAUUAAAUGUCUUUAAAAAAUAGAUUAGAAUUGUCUUAAAUAUGCUGAGGCUGCAACAUGUAGUUGGCAACAGACAAACCAAUGCCAAAAUAAAGUUGGCUCUUCUGUAAUGCUGACCUCAGGUAUAAUGAUUAGAUGUUGCAAAUUAUGUAUUAUACUCACGGUAUUUUUUAGUUUUAAGGCUUAUGAAAAGAUUUCUACAUAGGAACAUUUAUUACUUGAACACAGAUCAAAAUAAAUAAUUUCAGUACAUUUGUUUUGCCCAAUAUUUGCAGAAUUAUUUUUCAUCCCUUUAAAAAAUAUAUAUUAAAUAUAUUUAAAAUGUUUUUUGUUUUUUUUUAAUAAAAAAAAAUCAGGAUUGUUCAUUCUAGGGUACUUAAUUUGAGCAUUGUACAUUAUGUUAAAGUACAUUUUGAUUCAUAUCAAGUCUGUAAAGCUUGGCAUUGUGUUUUGUGUAUGCAUGUUUUCUUAUUUUGCAAAUAUUUAAUAUAUAAACCUAUGAUGUACAGAAGCCACAUCUAUAGGUUACAUAGAUGUUAUGGAUACUUUUUAGUUUAUUGUGAGUAUUCAGGUUGCUUCACUGGCUGAUUUACAAUGCGGAAUAGUGGCAGGAUUUUUAAUAUAAAUGAUUCUGUACAGACUAUAUAAGCAUUCUAAAUGCAAGUUUAGGCCGCAGGGAACAUAAAACAAUGCUCCGUACAAACGUUCAAAUGUAAGUGUCUCUUUAAAAUCAAAACUGCAUGGGUUUUUUUGUUUUUUGUUUUUGGGGGUUUUUUUUUAGUUGCUGAACUGCUACUUUUGAAAUUCAAAUUGUUUAGUUAUUUGUAACUCCUAUAAUGAAUUGUACUGAUUUCCAGUGUAUUUUUGGUAUAUAUUUUGACAUUUGCAUUUUUCAUCCUCUUCAACAUCAUUUAAAAUAUAAGUCUGCUAAGGCCAUCUUCUUUCUAAAACCAUAAACUACAAAUUGUAAAUACUUAUCCGAGUUGGAAAUUUUAUGCAUGUUCUAAACUAUCAAAACUUUUUAUAAAUGGUAGCACACAAUACAUUUUGUGCAUGGGCCACUGCUCUGUUCAGUGUGCCAAUUUUGUAUGUUUUUUUUUCCCCCAGUUUGCUUUUUAAUAUAAUCUGCAAUUUAAAAAAAGAAAUAAAAAAAAUCUAAAUUACAUGAACUAUAAUAAAAAAAAUGCAAAAUUGUUAUACCAUCAUGCAACAAAAUUUAGUCUGAUUUCUCAGUAUAAUUUUUCAUCCAGAAACUUAUUUAGAUGUGUAAGCCCUUCAUGAUAAAAUGUAUGUUUCUUCUAUACUGCCAAACUUCUUCCUCUACAAUAUGCAACCUAUUUGCAGGCGAUAAUGUAUGAUGUUCUCCCAAAUAAAAUGAAAAUGUAUUUAAAAAAAAAAACCAAAAAAAAACACCUCUUGCUUAUUAUAACACCGUAUUUACCUACACAAAAAAUGGACUAGGAGGUAAUGGUGGUUCUGGGGAAGACUUUAGAAACACAUUUCAUUUCAAUUACCUCCAUUCACCUCUGACCUCCUAUCUCAUUUAAUAGUAAAGGUAUAGUGGAGGCUUAAAUGUAAUACAAAGUGUAUAAAUCUAAAACAAAUCCCUCUUCUAUCUUGUGUACAUGCAUAUAUUCUGUAAAGAGUCACAAUUAUUCUUUUACCCUCAAUGUUUUAUCCUAUGUGAUGACUGGCACUUCCAGUGGGUGAUAAACUGCUUGUCCCGUAAUUCCUUGCUAGGCAGGCAUUUGCAGAAUAAGACCAACUAUUAAAGGUUUAAAAAAGAAAUGCUUCUGGUUGGUGCAGCUCAUCGUAGUUGGAGAGAGGGUGUGUUUUCAAUCGCAGGUAGACCCAUUAAAGGAUCACUAGUAUCAGGAAAACAAUUUGAACAGUAGAUAUCUGCUGGAACCAAAAAUAAGCACUUUCCUUAAAUGCUAAAAAUAGGCAAAAUAAAUGUUAAAGCACGGGCAGCGCUUCAGAAAAAAGAUUUAAUCAAUCUAAAAUUUGCACAGAAAUACAAAAGUAUGUACAAUAUCACUUUUAAGAAUACAGUUUUAAACUUCUUUUAGAACACUUUGCAACAAAGUAUAUUCGUCUUCUGUUAUCAAGGAGCCCCUCUAACUUAUACUCCUUUUGAAUGGUGCUGAUUGUACCCUCCAUAAUGCAUGCUUUAUCUUCCAAUUCACUGUCUGCAAGCCUGCAAAAGACCAAGACAGACAUGCAUAGUGUAAAAAGGUUAAUUAGUUUCACAGCAAGAAUACAAUUUAAAAUCCUUACAAUGUUUGGUGAGUUUGAUUUCUAAGGCUAACUAAAUUUGCCAAGUACAUAAGUCUUAAGCUUGCCUGCAGGCCUCUGCUUCCACCUGAGUGCACUGUCCACCACCGGACAUCCAAUGAUAUAAAUAUUUAUGCCAGAAGAAUGCCAUGUCUCCAAAUCGAAGGCUUAAAAGUUCCCAGGCUCCCCGUUCAGUAAUGAGCAGCCACACUCGUAUCGAUGUGAAGAUUUUUAAUGGCGAAACAUGUCUUGGUACCGUAUUUUCCGGCGUAUAAGAUUACUUUUUACCCCUGGAAAAUCUUUUCCAAAGUGGGAGAUCGUCUUAUACGCCGGUUAUGCUAAUGCUGCAGCCGCCUGAGCGCUCUAUAGAGAGCGCUCAGACGGCUGCCGCACUGCCUCUUACCUCCCCUUCCCUGUGCAGAGUGGGUGGCCGAGCUCCUCUUUGUCCUGUCAGUCCGGCCGGGUACCGCGUGGGACAGGAGAUUCAGUUACCUGUUCCCGGCCGGACUGAAAGGAAGUGAGCACAGUGCUGACAGGACGAAGAGGAGCUCGGCCACAUACUCUGCACAGG